AUGAGGCGGGAGCGGCGCCCGAGCGCGGGAGCGGCAGCAGCAGCGGCCCGCGGCCGGUUGGGAGCCGAGCGGGGCGGCGCUUGUGGCCGCCGCGUCCCGCCGCCCGCCGCCUCCUGCUCCCGCUGGGCUGCGCGAGCCCCGCGAGGGGUCAGCGGCGGGGAUGAGCGCCGGUGCGCUGCCUCCUCCGCCGCUGCCGCCGCCGCCAUGAAGCGGAAGACCUCGGCGGCGGGCGGGCGGCGAAACUCGGCCCCGGCCAGCCUGCCCGACACGCCGCCGCCGCAGCCGGCCGUCAAGAAGACGCGCAGCUCGGCCACGCUGCCCGCCGUCCUGGAGGCGGACGAGCCGGCGCCGCGGCCCCUCCGGAGAGAGCUCUACCUGCAGAUCACAGGUGAGGGGGCGCGGAUCGGGGCGGCUGUUUUGGGGGGCGUGUUGGGAUGGGUGCAACCGGGGCUGGGGACUCGCCGAUCCGCCUCCCUCGCUUGGAAAUCAGCCUCCCGAGUUACUUGGCGGCGCGGAUUUCUCGCCCAGGCGCGCGGCUCUCCUUUGCGUCCGCGCGCGUCGCCGAGGCGCGGCGUAAACAAUGCCCGGGCUUCCCUCGCGUCUCCAAACGUUGCGCGCUACCCGCGAUCCCUUGGGAGGGAAAAUCUGAUGCACGAGGGAGCUCCUGAUUCUCAAUGUUGUUGUUUUUUUUGCCUCCGAAUGCAAAUUGGUCAGACGUUCUCCUCCACCACCACCACCCCCCGUGUUAUCCUGAUUUCUUCUUUUUUCCCCAAAAUUUUUUUAUUGGUUUUCACAACUGUAUAAACAAACAAACACAUAAGACAAACAAACAUAAAUCAUAGCCUUAUUGAAAAUGAUUAACCUUGUUAAGUGACUUCCUCGCUUCCCCUUGGUUGAAUUUCAUUGCAUGUCCUUUUGAUGGUUUUCCAAAUCACAGUUCUUAUAAAAUUUAACUUAAACAUUAACAUCCUUAGAUCUUCACAUUAUGAAAUUAAACAUAUUAAUUCAUCACUUAACAUAAUUAAAAUCCUAAGCCAAGUAAGUAUCUGCAAGCUGUUUUCAGUUAAUUUAACUUAACAUAUUUAACUAAGUAAUCAUUCAAUUUAAUCCACUCUUCCUGGAGGAGGAGGAGGAGUAUCAGGAAGAAUGGGUGUUAUCCUGAUUUCUGAUCAAAUCUUAGAAUUCUGUGCAUUGCCUUUUGUAUAGAGAUGGGGGGUGUUUUCCCCCCUCCUGCCGCUAGUUAUGAGCCCUUGGGGGAAAUUGCUGCCUCCCCAGAGCCGGUGUGCCUGUGUGGGAUAAACAAGACUUCUUUAUUGUUGCCUGUUCAAUGGGUGCUUGUUUUCCUCUCCACCUUUUGUACAGGAAGCUUAAAACUGUCCUGAUGAUACAAAUCCUGAGCAAAAGGACCUCCAGGUUGCUUUGCCACUAGCUCGCUGCUUUAUACAAUUGUAGAGUUGGAAGAGACCCCUGGGGUCAUCUAGUCCACCCCCUGCAAUGCAGGAAUCUCAGCUAAAGCAUCCAUGACAGCUGGCCUCAUUUAGUCGGAAUCUCUUUUCUUAUAAUUUGCAGCCAUUGGUUCGAGUCCUACCCUCCAGAGCAGGAUAAAACAAGCUUGCUCCAUCUUCCAUGUGGCAGCCCUUUGGAUAUCUGAAUAUGGCUAUUAUAUCUCCUCUCCGUCUCCUCUUUUCCAGGCUUACCAUAGCCAGCUCCUUCAACCAUUCCUCAUAAGGCUUGCUUUCCAGACCCUUGUUCACCUUGGUGGUCAUUACGGUGGGAAGCACUCUGUAGCACUCUUCCGAGUAAUGCAGUAGUUCUAAGCUUCUCAGUACAGUAUAUUUUAAAAAAGGUAAAGGACCCCUGACAGUUAAGUACAGUCACAAAAGACUCUGGGGUUGCGGCGCUCAUCUCGCUUUACAGGCCGAGGGAGCCGGCGUUUGUCUGCAGACAGUUUUUUCGGGUCAUGUGGCCAGCAACGGAACACCAAAACCAGAAACGCCGUUUACCUUCCCGCUGGAGGGGUACCUAUUUAUCUAUUUGUACUUUGAUGUGCUUUCGAACUGCUAGGUUGGCAGGAGCUGGGACCGAGCAACGGGAGCUCACCCCGUCGCAGGGAUUUGAACCGCCGACCUUCUGAUCGGCAAGCCCAAGAGGCUCAGUGGUUUAGACCUAGACCACAGCGCCACCCGCAUCCUUCCAAUAGUAUAUUAUUAUUUAUUCAUUAUUACAUGUAAAGCUCAUCUAUCCUCCAAGAAGCUCUAAGUGGCAUACGUGGUCCUCCCUACUCCCCAUUUCAUCUACUCAGCAACCCUGUCAGGUAGGUUAGUCUGAAACAAUUGACUUGCUGAACAUCACCCAGGGAGUUUCAUGGCUGAGCAGAGAGAUGCAAACCCAGGGACAGUAUCCAGCUAAACAGUUUCGCUAGCACAAAGACUUUUGGGUGACCCCUAAGUCUGGUGGGUUGAAAGUGGGGGCGGGGGGGACCCAGAACAGAUUUAGGGGUUGCAUGGAGAGAGGAGAGAAAAGGAUCAGGAAGUUGCAUUGCAUACCUUUCUGCACUAGUUGUUUGUUGGGGCAGUAUCCAGGUAAACAUUUCCACUUGUAGAUAUAUUAUAGAUAUAUUACAAUAUGGCACUACACAGGCUAUCACAUCAGCGUGAACAUUCUAAAACAAUGGUAGGCUGCAAUUCCUCUUUUCUAGUUAAGAGAUGCCUUAACCUUAUGAAUCACAACAUGAUUCUCCAUCUGCAUGUUUUAGAUUUCAACAUUUUAUUGUGUGUAUAUAUGUUUGUACAUAAAAUUAUACCUACAGUAUAAUAAUAUAAUACAUCUACAAAAAUUAUAAUCUGCAAAAUGCCCUCCCUUAUGUUCUUUUAGAAGCCAGGUAAACAAACACCUUUUUGCCGAGCUUUUAGAGGCUGAUAGAUUGGAAGUCCCCUUUUCAUAAUGCUGUAAAUUAUGUAACUGAUGAGGACUAUUAUUUUUUGUUUCUAUUUCUUAGGCUUUAUUGUUUUCACACUACCUUGUUUUUGUAAACCACCAUACAGCCAUUUUUGCUGAAGGGUAGUAUAGAAAGCUUGUGAUAAAAAAAUUUUUUUGAAUUACAUUCUGAUCAUGGUUACAAAACAUAUUUUAAGGAGGCAAACGAAGGCUUGGGCAGGGUUCUGGAGUUGAAUAACACUCAAGGUUCUUUCCACUCACAUCGUUGCUCUUCUGUCUCAGCCUGUCAUGCUGGAUAGAUGGGGAAUCAUCAAAGGCCACCAGCAAACUACUACUGAACAGCAUCUCUGCUUUAUUUGAUUGAUCUGCUUUCUUUUUCCUCCAGCUUUUUCCUGGAAACGCUGUGUAUUGUCCUGAUCUGAUGCAUACAUAAUUUAUCUGCACAAAAUGGAGUGGAUUUUUAAAAAAUCAAAAUAAAGAAGCUAAUUUUAGUUUAAAUUGGAUGUUAACACACAUUCAGCUGUAUUGAGCCUUCAAUUACAGUCAUUUCAGUGAAACUCUGAAAGUAAGAAACAUGUGUGAAAGUUUAGACUCAUGAGAACAGACCCAAAGGUCUGCUUGCAUGAAUCAAUGGCAGUUUUCCCCCCACACAGGGGAUUGCUUUGAUUUCUGCAGAUUUCCCCUCUAGAACCUGAUCCCGUGCCAUUCUGAAUAGGUUCCCUCAACCCUUAGGAGCAGCAGGGAGCUAAAGUAAGAAAGAGGUGGGAAAGCCCUGUUCUGUGUGCAGAAUUAUCUGGAUCCAGCCCAUGAUAUCUGAAAACUGAAGCCAUGACCUAUGUGGCAAGAUUCCCAAGUGAUCAGAAAAGCACUUUAAAUAGCAAUGUAGUUUGGGUCUUAUUCUUCAAGUAGUGAUCUUCCUUGCACCUAUAUGGGUGCAAGGAGAGCCAAUUUCACCAUUGUUCCUCUGUCUCUAAGCAAAUAUAAAUUCUGCAGUGCAAAAGCCUAGAAGACUAAUGUAACUAGAGAUUUCAGAUUAUACUCCUUAGUAAUUAAAAGGCUCUGCUUAGUUAUAAAUGGAUACUGCUUUGAUUAUCAUUUCAACCAAUUAUUGUGUGGGCUUGUUGAAGAAAAAUAUAAGUUGGAAAAUUUGGCUGAAACCAGUGAUUUGAUGUAAACAUUUUCCUUGGCAGUUUAAAUCAAUGUUGCAAUCAUGAGUUCAGUUGACUCAAUUUAACCCAUCUAACAUACAAAGCAUUUAAAUUCAGCAUGUCUCUGCAUCUUGGGUGGAAUCUACACACAUAUAAAAAAUGUUGUGAAAAUGCUUUUUUGGGGGGAAAUGAUUUGAAAAAUAUAUUGAAUUUGCCUUAGCUCACCAUUGCCAUCUAGUGUCACAUUUGUAUAACGCACACACCCAAAACGUUUUAUUUGCAGCUGUAUAGCCGAGUCCUGGGUGUAAAAUGGUACACUUAUAUUGAGAAGGCUUCAUCUGGAUGAUGAAUAAUUGCACAAGUUUUCACUACAGUUAAACUGAAAAUCUUUUGAGUCCAGGAAAUGUGCUUUAUCAGCACCAUGCACCUAUUUGUUUUAUCUUCUUGCAAGAAAGCAGUGAAGGAUUGAAUUCAAUAUAAUAUUGCAUUGUGGAUGUGGAAAUCAAACAUGAGGGGGAAAUACAAAAUAUUAGGAAUACAACAUAACUAAGGAUGUGGCAUUAAAAGAUCCCUUAAACUGCCGUUGUAGCUUUUAUUUCCACCCAAAGUCUUAAAAGCCUUUUUCUAUCUAAACUUUGUACUGCUUAUAGCUGCUGAAUCGAAUUUGCUGUUGACAGCUAGCUUUGUGUUUUCUUAUCCUUCCACUUUUAUUGUUCUUUGAAAGAAGGUAUAAAUAAUGUUUUGAUUUUUAUGAACAGCAUGUAAUCAAUGGUACAUGUAAAUGCCCAUAUAAAUAUUGCAAGAGUUAUGAACAGCAGACUCUAGCAUAUUGCUUAGAGCUAGUUAUUUUAAAUCAUGUAGGGCUUUUCAAGCCCCAAACUCCUUGGUGCUUUAUUUUUUAUUUAACAAAAUGUUUAUACUACUUGAUUGUAAUAAAACCUCUUGGUGGUUUGCAAGAGAUAUUAAAACUAUCAAUGAAAAACACUUAAAACAAUUAGAAACAUUUAAAACAAUUAAGAUUGAAAAGAGAUCAAUGUAUGUCAACAACUGCAUAUCUGGCUAGGCUUGUCUAAGGAAAAAUGUUUGUAGCAAUGGGUAAGCUGUAUGGCAAUUGUACCAUAGUGAUAGGCUCAGGGCUGGAUAAGCAAUAAGCUACUCAUUCUAGUCCCAGUGUUCCUAGUGCCCAGUCUAAUACUAUUGGUUUUUAACAUUUAUCUCCCUUCAUUUCCCCAGUUCUUUGUAAGCCCCCACUUUGCGGGAUGGCAUGAUGGAGAAACAUCUGAAGGCUGUUUCAUCUAUUAUGUUCUCAACAUGCUCUUGUAUUAUGCAUGCUAAUAAACACAGGGCUUAGAAAAUGCAGUUGGUUUCAGAUCCCUGAUAUAUGUUACAUAUAUUGGAACCUUUUCAGAAAAUUAUAACCUGGUUGUAAACUCCGCCUUGGUCAGGUCUCUCCAGUUGUCCAUCCAUAGAACAGGAAUGUUACUUUCUGAAAAGGGAUGCAAGGCAUAUGGGAGAUAAUUGUAAAGCACAUUACCUCUUAAAAGUGAUGCUGCACAAAUGGUUAGUAACAAUAAGUAACAGUCUGUGAAUUAAAUUCCCAAAACAAUUUUUGAAAAAGCCCAGGCAUUAUUUACUCACAGCUCUCUCUCUCUCUCUCUUUACAUUGCUUGGCUGGAAAGUUAUGUUUUCAUUUACAGGGCUUUGCAUUGCUCGUUCAUGGUAGUACAGUGUUUACUGUGGAUAUUUUCUGCAUUGGAUAUUUACAGCACUCCUUCAAAUGGGCGUACUGACACUUAAAAGUGACUUUGUCCUGUCCAAAUAAAAAGGUCAUUUGUUAUGUCAGUCUGAUCCUGUGACAGGCCUAGAUAUGUUGUGAUCAACAUGCCGCACAGCAGCCAUGGGCUAGGUAUACCCAUUAUGCAGCUUAUUUCACAUCACACAAAAAAGAAAAAAAAGAUUGUAUGUCUGUGUGCCAAAUCCUUUGGCAGGCCACAGUACAUAGCUAGUGGUUUUUGUUCAGCUUGGGAGAACCUAAGUCAGGGGUCGGCAAAGUUUUUGUGGCUUGGGCCCAUUCACAUUCCAGCAGAUGCCGCGGUGGGCCGGAGUGCGCACAGGAGCGCACAUGCAUGCACUAUUUUCUUUCAGCGCGGAGGAGGCAUGCGCAGCUUGGUCAGCGUCGCGGAAGGUGGUCCCUGCUCUGCUCUGUGCUGGUUUAGCGCGGUGCAUGGGAGCCAACUGAACAGGCAGCGGGGGUCCAUGGGCCAGUUAAAAGAUCCCCAUGGGCCACUUGUGGCCCAUGGGCCUUAGGUUGCUGACCCCUGGCCUAAGCAAUGCAUGACUCUCUUAUGUGUGUAAAUUCACUCUGAUUGUUGCUGUGUCAGAAUAAAUGUUACAAGAAAGCUCAGUAUAGCUGGGACGUUGCACAUGUCCUGAGAAUAUGUCUCUGAUUUUUCUUGGUGUUGAGCUGGUAAUAGAAGAUUGCAAUGAUGGACAGGGAAAGCCCUAAAGUGUGUCUCCGUGAUAAUCCCAAUACAUGUCACUCAGCAGCAUGCUCCCUGACGUAAGUUAUUCCAGAAUCCAAUAACAAAUCUGAUGCAAAAGAAGAACUUUAAUUUGGCUAGGAAUCUUGCUCUGUAAAUGAAACAGUACCCAACUGCCUAAAUUUAUCAAUACUUAUUUUGCUAUUUUUGGAAAGUCAAGCCUUUUCCCUUUCAGCUGGGGGGGAAAGGGCAUCUUGCUAAUAGUCUAUAAAUAAUCAGGGCAUGAAGGUUCCCUUUUCACAUUUAUUUUAGAACUUCUAAGUUCAAACCCAAGUUCAGCUGUACCCCUAAGGCUGGGUUCUUGCCUGUGGCAUCUGAGUUUAUUCAGUGAAGUCACAAAGUCAUAGAAUCAUAAAAUCUUUGAGUUGGAAGAGACCCAAGGCCCAUCUAAUCCAAACCCCUGCAAUGCAGGAAUCUCAGCUAAAGCAUCCAAGACAGAUGGCCACCCAACCUCUGUUAAAAAACCUCCAAGGAAGGUUCAUGAACUGCUUCACCUAUAACUUGGUGAUGCAAUGUCAGUCGUGUGCAACCCAGACAUUCUCUGAAGAGAUCCCUCUGACAAUCAAUCAGUCAAUCAAUCAAUCAAUCAAUCGCUUUUCCUAUAACGGGGUGCACAAAGCAACCCCAGUUGUUUAGCUUUUCAAGGGGAUGCUUAUAAGAGGCUAAUCUGCGUCACUUGGCAUCAAAACAUGCUACUUUUGCUGCAGACAAUGAAAGCUGGCUUCUGUAUCCUAUACGCUUUAGCUAGAUGCCCUCCCUUGCUCCUCUAAGAUUCUCCCCUGUUCCUCUAAGUCAGGCUUCCUCAGCCUCGGCCCUCCAGCUGUUUUUGGCCUACAACUCCCAUGAUCCCUAGCUAGCAGGACCAGUGGUCAGGGAUGCUGGGAAUUGUACUCUCAAAACAUCUGGAGGGCCGAGGUUGAGGAAGCCUGCUCUAAGUGUUGUUUUGAUUUUGGGACCAGAAAGGGACCAGCCAGAGCAUUUCUAAAGGGGGAGAUUUGCAGCUUUUGCUCAAAUUAUUUCACGUCUACCAUCGCUUUGUAUGAAAGACCAGUAUUAUCCUUAUACUAUUGAUAGGGGGAGGCUGAGAGUGGCCUUCCUAAAUAUGUAAACCAUGUCAAGAUUUGUACCAGAGGCAUCUUGACUUGCACUGCCUGUUGGUAGCCACCCUGUGUCACCUACCAAAAGACUGCAGACAGCCACGCUGUGUCACAGACUGCAGACUGCUCUGAGCGCUAUCUUAAAGGCCUUUUAAUAUUGGAUCAAAUGCAUUUUGCUCACUGCAGAGUUUGCCUCUGUCUUGGCCUCUUGCCUGAUAUGUUGAAGUAAGCUGUUAAGAUGGGCUUUUGAAAUGGUAACACAGCAAGAUACUAUUGCUCCCCUUGGUUUCUGUAGGAUACACCACAUGGUUCAGAGGAGAUCAACAUCAGUUUAUAAAGGAAUGUUCAUGUGACCUCCUCAGGCAUUCAAAGGACGUGUAAGGGGGUCAUGGGGCUCCAAGGGCUAGCCCCCCUGACCUAUGCACCCAGCAGCUAUGCUCCACCUCUCACCAUCUUUUUCUUCAACACACGAGAAAGGGCUCCACACACAUAUCAGCAUGCCUUCAUAAAGCUCCUCCACAUGAGGGGAAUCAUCCUGGGCCUGUCAGAAUUUACCUUUACUAUGUAAGUACAUGGUAGAGAGUCCUGUGACAAAAAAAAUCACAGCUCCAACCUUCUAGCCCUGUAAGAAUUCUUUGUCUGCCAAGGACUCGUACUUCCGUAACAGCAACAUGAGCAAAUCAUGCAAUUCUGAGCUUUGCCUGAAGUACACAAGCACAUCUGGCAGGAAAGGCAGGAAAGGUAUCUCCUCUGAAAUCUGCUUCGGUGGACUAGGAAUGUGCCAGGUAUCAUUAUCCUACCUAGGCCAUCCAGGCUGGAGCUGCAGCCUAGAGGGCAUCUUUUCAUCAACAGAGGCAAAUGUACCUGGUUUGCAGAGGAACCAGAACUGGUGGCACAGAGGACAAGUGGGCUGGAGACCCUGAUUUGAUCAAAUAUACUUACAGCAAGUCACCCGAGUUGCAAAAUAAGCACCAUUUUGCUGAAAUCAAUGGGCAAAUUUCCACUGACCUUUUAAAAAUGGAUGUAGAUUGUAGAGGCUUGUCAAAAAAACUGGGCAUUGCGGUGUAGAAUGCUGAGUUAUGUUGCAGCUGGUGGGGCUUUUUACAAGGGUUUGAAAAUAUAUGUCUGGAACAGGUAACAUACAGAAAGAAAAGGAACAUGACCUGUGUAGACCCUAACUAAACCUCAAGUGCACCAAAAUAUUUGGUGGUUCUUUCCCCCAAGAAGAGGGCUAAGAAGUCUUUUAAUAUUGACAGUCUUGCCCUUCCCCCAAAAAAUGGAGCCUGAUCCUAUGCACCUUUACUCUGAAGUACAUCUAAUGUACUGAGUGAGGCUUAUUGCUGAAUUAAGUGUGCCCAGGUUUGGGUCAGAGUGCAUUUCCCAUUUGUGAAUAUUUACUUAGUACAAAGUGUUCCAUAACUCAAGGAUAUUGCUCUUUAAGUGUCUGUUCUGAUUAUUACAAGGCUUUCUCAUGACACCCAUUAGUCACUCUCUUAACUGCAGCACUUACCCUGUAAAUAUUGAUAACUGCUUUACAGAAGUGCUGAAGUCUCAAAGGCACAAAAUGAGCUGGAGCUCUUCCCAAAUGUGUAACGAAAUUAAAUAACUUUCAGAAUUAGCUGUGGAUGGAUGCAAAAUGAAGGAGUGACUAGUGAAAUAAGGAAUGUAACUAUUUGUUCCUCUUAGGCUUCAGAUGUGUUGCACUAUGGAAGUAGAAUGUAUCUUAAUGGGUAAAGGUAGGGUCAUAUACCAUUUUAUCAAUGUUGUGAUAGUUAUCACAAACACUGUAGCUUACAUCCACACUUCAGUAAAUGCAUUAAAGUCACUUACUUUUUUUAAUAUGGACCCUGGAUCCCUGAGUGGGGUGACAUUACUUGGGAACAGAGACCUUGGGCAAGUUAUCUUGGAUAACUAAAAUAGAAAUGGUGAUGUUACUCAGAGUAGUCAUUAAGAAAGUGGUUGUAAUGAUGAAAGAGAUUGUGAUUGUGCCAAGCCUUUAGCUUAUGGUAUGGUGAUAUAUAAAGCGAGUUGCAGUACUUUUCAGUUAGCAUGCUAAAACAAAUAUUUGAUAUCUGAAGAAACUGUAAAACAUUGACCCCCUCCUAAAGAAAAGUGUCCAUUUUUGGCUCGCCCUUUGAAACUGUCCUCUGUGGACACAUCUAUUACGGAAGGGUUUAAAUGUUGUUAUUUCUACAUUUGGUUUCUUUCAUAGUAAUAGGUGUGGUAAGGAAUUGUAAAAAUGUUCUGCCAUGAGCAUUCCUUUAAAGUUAGCACCCUAAAACAACAUCUCCACACCCUGCAAUUAACGUCUUAAAAUUGCUAAUACUUCUUUCAUAAUAUUCUGCCACGAGCUUGGGAAGAAGCAAAUCCUCAGCUUACAAACAAAUAAGCACACAAUGCUUUCUUUUUACCCAUGGAUUUUCCCUUUGAUGAGCAGCAAAAUGAGGAAGAGUGUGUAACAUGCAAAAGUGAAGAAAACUAAAAGAUGUAAUUCUAAAAAGGCUGUGCUUUCAGAACUGAGACAUCUCACAUGCAUUUCUCCCCUAGUCCGCAAAUGGUAUACCCCUCCCCAUAAAAAGUUUAGGAACAUAGGCAAGUUUCUAAGUAAGACCACCAAUCAGUUGAGCUUCUAUCAAUGCUGGCCACCAGCAGCUUCCCAGGUUUUAGACAGAAAUAUUUUCCAACCCUACCAGGAAAUGCUGAGAAUUGAAACUGGGAUCUUCACCAUGAGUUAUGGGGAAGGGCAGAUCCUGACAAUACUCCAUUCAUCCGUGGCGAGUCUCACAGUAAAGUUCUAUAGUGUGAAAGCUUCCCUGUGCCCCUCUAAGGUCACAAUUUGCCACAUCUUGCUGCAUUAUACUUCUAUAGGUUUUCUCAGGAUGUGUGCAUGAUUCUUUAAUCUGAAAUAACAACAGUUGUUGUUGUUUAUACCCCACCUAUCUGGCUGGGUUUCCCCAGCCACUCUGGGCAGCUCCCAGCAGAAUAGUAAAAACACGAGAUAAACACUUGACAGUCACUUGAGAUAAAACACAAAGCAUCACACAAGCCAGUUUCCCUGUUGCUGACAAAAAGCCAAUUCAUUUAUUAGAUUUCCUAGCUAUGGAAUCACACACCCCAGUGCCAUUUUCUUUUCCAGGGGAAUCCAUGCACUGUAAAUCUCAACAUGCAUUAUCAAUUCCCCUCCUUUCUACAUUUAAAGGUGGGAGUCUGAUUUAUGGGAAAGCAGCUCACAUGUGGAAGCUUUGAUAGAGAGAGAAUUGGACUAGGACACUAGUUCAAACGUCUGGGUGCGCUUAGCAAAUUACUCCUUAUGUUUUUGCUCUCGUUAAAAUGGAAACGUUAGCAAGCCAUACCAUAAAACUCUUGAGGUUUGCAUAGCACUUUGCUCAUGCUGAGGUGCCAAAGAGGUGAUACUUAGUGUUUAUACAGUGCUAUGAAAUGUUCAGUAGUUAACCAUAUUGUAACUGUUUCAGCAAACCUGCAACUUUGUUGUUGGCAUACAUCUGUCUCUAGAAACAAUGGAGUGUGCUGGGGGGGGGUGAAGUAAAAAACGCCUACCCCAGAAGGAGUCAUCACCCCAAAGGUACUACCCCUCCCCUAACACCCCAUACGCCUGUAAAUUAAAUCAGGGUUCUUGCCCCCAUUUUACAGAAGGGGCUGAGGUUGCGAGAGAGACUCUGUGUGACUUCCAAGGAACCAUACUAGGAAUUGCACUGCCCCACCCCCCGUUUUAUUGUGCAAACCUGUGCAUGGUUCCACAGAAGUGAAUCUAAACUGUACUUGUGCAUUGCAACUUUUGCCAAAGCUAUGCUGGAGCAUGUGAAAGUGAGAGUAUUCUCAAACAAUAUACACAAAGUAUCAAAUGUGGUGACAGUAAUAAUAAUGCAACAAAACACCACCACCACAAACUGGCUUAUAAGUAUAAAACCAAAUUUACUAGAAUAAUAGCUAGAAUAGAUUUGUAACCAUUCAAGCAACAAACAUACCGUACUAAGGUGCCAUGUGCAAAACAAAGCCUGGAGAUACUGUAGAUGCAAGCUGUACAUUUAUCCACUCCAUGUUUACAGUAUCUCCAGGCUUUGUUUUGCACAUGGCACCUUAGUACGGUAUGUUUGUUGCUUGAAUGGUUACAAAUCUAUUCUAGCUAUUAUUCUAGUAAAUUUGGUUUUAUACUUAUAAGCCAGUUUGUGGUGGUGGUGUUUUGUUGCAUUAUUCUCCAACAAUGCCUUCCAGCUAAAAUGUUUUGAGGGUACAGUGGUACCUCUGGUUACGUACUUAAUUCGUUCCAGAGGUCCGUUCUUAACCUGAAACUGUUCUUAACCUGAAGCACCACUUUAGCUAAUGGGGCCUCCUGCUGCUGCCGCGCCGCAGUAGCACGAUUUCUGUUCUCAUCCUGAAGCAAAGUUCUUAACCUGAAGCACUAUUUCUGGGUUAGCAGAGUGUGUAACCUGAAGCGUAUGUAACCUGAAGCGUAUGUAACCCGAGGUACCACCGUAUUUGGGAGCUGCCUUGAGCACCUCAUAUUGCAUAAAGGUGGGAUAUGAGAACUCUUACUUCUGUUUUUUUAUUAUUAUUUAAAAAACCCAUUAUUUUGUUAAAACACACCCAAGGUUUCCGCUUGUGAAACCUUAGCCAUCUGUUGCGCUCCUGUUUUAGUCUGGAACAAACCAUAUCCCACCGAUUUCUCUGAGGAGACUCAAGAUGGCUACGGGGCUGCGAUAAAAAUGUCAGAGACUCCCACAGCCGCUUACAUUCAAAUCAGCAAAUCCCAGCAGCACAAAAGCAAGACAGAAGUUUCCAGAAUGGCUGCCUAACUUAAUUGAAAUUCGCGUUAGUUUAGCACAGGCCAAGGAAAGCAAAGAGGCGGUGGCGGGGGACUGUUUUUGAGUUUCGCGGCUCCGUCCAAGGCCCCUUGAAAGCUGCAAGAGCCUGCCUCAGAUUUUGUGGCGGAGGGGAAAGGGGGGAAAGCGAGCGAGGCGCCUCAAAUAAUGUCGUCGUGGAGGGGAGAGGUUUCUGGCCGGCGGUGCGCAAGUCUGCGCGUCGCCUCAGGCGGCGAGGCAGAGCCACCGGGCGGCCGCCCGCCCACCAAGGAAUGGAGCUCGGCCUGCCAAGUCACUGGGCGAGCCCGGCUACUGCGUAUCCCCCCGCGGGCCGGACCAGCUCUCCUGGCGGCGGCUGGGCUGGGGGAAGAAGGGCCGUGCCCCGCUCGGAACGCGAAGGGCGGCUGCUGCUGCUGCCUCCGGCUAGCGGGAGCGGCUCUGCCCCGUUCGCCAGCCAAUGGCAGCCGCGGGGAGGCCCCGCUUCACCGACGGGGCUGGCUUUUCUCCUCCAGUCGCCUGCGCUUCCCCGCGGCCGGGCGAGUCCCCCACCCCUCGGGCUUAGGACCGGGCGUGCAGCGGGAGUGGUGCGCGGCGGCGGCGGCGGAGGCUCCGCAGCGUGUUUCUGAGGAAAACUUUCCGGAGAGCGAGCGGAGGGAGGAGCCCUCGGCUGUCUCCCCGCAGCCAUUUCCAGCGCGCUCCGCCUCGCCUUCCCCAACCUCGACCGCCUUCGCUUCAUGCCUGUAAACAAUGAACGCCGGGAAGGACUUUCGCCUGUGCGCGGAGGUGGCGAAAGGUGAGGAGGGGGAAACAAGGCUCGGGAAACGGAGCCGAGCCGGGCGGGCGGCGGGCGGGUUUCUUUGGCUCGACUUUUGGGCCCUUUAAAGACACGCAGAAGUUUCCCCGGCGAGCGUGGGAACCCGGGACGCCGGGCAGCAAGCAGGGCGACUCCUCGGCUGCUGGUGGCGUGGAUCAGGCCCCGCCGGGGUUUAUUUUCCCCCCAAAAUUUUUUAUUGGUUUUCCAAAUUUAUAACAAACAUAUCCACAAACGUAUAAAAAAAAAUCAGCAAACAUAUAUCCUAACUGUAAAAAUUCCACUUUUGUUAUCAUUGUUGGGUGACUUCCUUGAAUCCCCAUGACUGAGUUUCCAUAUAAAUCAUUGUAGCAGUUUUCCAAAACUAGUUUCACAUAAAAUUUACUUGAUCCAUUAACAUCUUUCUUUCUUUUCAUUUUGACUUUUAUCAUUCCACAACAUCACAUAUUUAAAUCCUAGGCCAAUCUGUUACUCGCAAGUAAUUCUAUUUAAGUUAUCUUAACAUAUUAACAAAAUAAUUUUUAAAUUUCUUCCAUUCCUCUUGAUACUCCUCCUCCUCCUUCUGGUCGCGGACUCUUCUGGUUAGGUCGGCUAGCUCUGAUAAAUCCAUCAUCUUCAUAAACCCGCUGGGGUUUAUACCCUGUUUACAAGAAGUUUGGCGGGGGUGAAAUACAAAUGACAAUCUGGCAGCAAGUGUCCUUGCGUAACAAAAGGGGCCCCGGACUUUCCUUUCCUCGAGCUUCGUCUUUUAUAUAAGCCGUUUAAAUUUGGCGUCUUUGUUUGGCAUUAAAUGCAAGUGGUUUGUGGUUAUUAGCUGCUUUGCAAAAGGAUACAAACUGCAAGCUGCUGGCAGCUGUCUGUCUGCGCAUGGGGGUGGCUGGCUGGGUAGACUGCGUUUGUAAAUACUGUGCACACGUGAGCAAGCAUAUCUGCUGGUGCAACACCCCAUUGCAGGGGAAAUAAAAGAUAAACCUCAAGAGAACAAAACGGAUGAAUCUGAGAAUACAACCCAACCCUAUUCAGGAGGGUUUUCUUCCCUGUUCUAAGGUUAGGAUGUAUAAUUCAAGGCCUGUGACUCUUCCAAGUAAAACAUGUUUAUUGCUGUGUUGCACCACGGCCUUACAGGUAUUUACUCGGAAGUAAGUCCCCUUGGAAAUCGCUAGGGCUUCCUAGUGGGGCAAAGACUAGUUGAUUUAAAUAAAUUUGUCAAAGAAUCCACUGGGAUCCUACAGGCUGGCAUGCUCAUCUGUUUGGUUUGGAAAUGUUUUAGAGUGCUGCUUUUGUUAAUCAAGAGGCUUUUGUGAAAUGAUUGCUUUUCAUUCAGAAGAGAAUUUAAAAAAACAAAAAACUUCUCAUUCUUCCAUUGCAGUUGCAUUUCAUACUUCCUUCAGUAAUUUAGAGAUAGCCGUAAGGGUAUGAUCAAAGCCAGACCUGUGCUCUGACCCAAGCAGACUUUUAAGUGAAUAAUAACAUAUUUUCUUUGUUUUCCCCUCCUCUUUGCCUUUAACAAAACAAAGCCCAAAGCACACAUUUUAAGCAAGUUUGAUUACAUGUAAAUGAUGUGAAAGGGAAUUGGCUAGACUAAGACUAGGGUUUCUAGACCCACCACAAUGUCCACCUAUUAGGUGUGGAUAUCUGCCAGGGAAAGUCUCUGCAUGUAGUGGUAUUGAGGCACAGAGGGAGGAAAAGCCUAGGCUUUUUCUUGCAAAUGUCCAUUCCUAUAAUGCGUGGAUGCUGGAGUGGAGCCAGUGGCAAUGCACAAGCACACAGCCCUGUUCUACACAUUGUUCCCCUUAAUAAAACACAUACUUGAGGGCGGCUUUAGUAAUGUAUUAUUUCCUUCUCACAGUGAAACUAAGUGGUGGUCUGGUCUCUGAACCACCCUGUGAAGUAGAUUGGAAGAACUAAAACCGCCCAUUGAGCGACAUAGGUCAAAGUGGGUAUGAGCCUGAGCUUCCUACAUCCAAACACAGCAUUUUGGUCACUUAAUUCACCACCAUGACCAGUUGUUAAUGUUUUAUGUUGCCUGGCACAAGAGCAUAUCCGGGGGGUUUUAUAUCUGCAGUUUUAACUCAGUUCAAAUAGGAUCAACAUAUUUGUAUGCAGAUAUAUUGGCUUUCAUGACUACUAGUUUCAUGCCUGUUUUUCAAUUUCAGAUCGUGUUUAUUUUGCCAUUCUCUUCCACAAACCAAAGAGUGGUAGCUCAAGCACACAUUAUUUCUGCGUAGAUGAUGAAUUUGUAUAUGAGAAGUAAGUAUAAUAUUAUUCCCUUGUUCUUCAACACGGUGAAAUAAAGCAGCAUGAGGAUGUAAUAGGAAUCUUUAUCAUAACAAGUAUUAUUAUAAUAUCCCUGUCCCUGAAGGGAAAAUAUAAUGGGAGAAAUUCAGCAAAGCACUACGGCAAUCAUUCAGUCAGUGCAAGUGUUUCAGCUUGCCAGACAAACCAUUUCCCCUCUCCUCCCCCUAUACACUGUUCUGGGUGUUCUCCCACCCACCCUCUGAGUCAGUUGGGGGAGGCACAGGGGAAGAGACGGAGGAAAAGCCCCCUUGUACUAGCAGAAGUCCUUGGGUAUGCUUCCUUCCACUAGCAGGACUCAUUAGUUGAAUCUGGCCCAUAGGAUCAAGUAAGAUGGUUGAAGGUAACCAAACAAUGUAAGAACAUCUCUGCUGGACCAAGCCAAAGGACUGUCUGGUCUAAUAUCCUGUUCCCCACAGCGGCCAACCAGAUCCCUAUGGGAAGCCCAUAAGCAGGAUGUGAAGGCAAAAGCCCUCUCCCACUGUUAUUCCACCGCAGUGGUAUACUGCUGGGGAGCCAUACUGCUUCUGAGCCUCUGUUGUCUCCACCAUGACUAGUAACCAUUGAUUAUUCCAUUACACUGGUGCCUCUGGAUGCAAACGGGAUCCAUUCCGGAGCCCCGUUCGCAUCCUGAAGUGAACGCAACCCACGUCUGCAUGUACGCGGGUCGCGAUUCGCUGCUUCUGUGCAUGCGCGUGACAUCAUUUUGAGCAUCUGCGCAUGUGCGAGCGGCGAAACCCAGAAGUAGCACAUUCUGUUACUUCCGGGUUGCCGUGGAGUGCAACCUGAAAAUGCUCAACCUGAAGCAACUUCAACCCGAGGUAUGACUGUAAUUAGUUUAACCAAGAAAGUAGCCAUCACUAGGUCUUAUAGCAGCAAAUUGCAUAUCCCCAACUAAAAAUUAGCAAGGUUCUUGAGGGACCACUUAAUAUUUUAUACACACACACACACACACACACACACACACACAGUUCUCAUCUCAAUUUCUCCUCACAGCAACCCUGUGAAGUAGAUUGGAGUGGGAGUCCCAGUAAAUUUAUUGGCUGAGUGGAGAUUUGAACCCUGGUUUCCAGGUCCUAGUCCAGCACCCUAGCUACUACACCAAACAGGCCCUCAAAGCAUAUACAUACCGUAUUUUUCGCUCUAUAACAUGCACCCGACCAUAACACGCACAUAGUUUUUAGAGGAGGAAAAUCCGUAGGCAUGCCACCCGUAGGCAUUCCCUCCAUAACACACACAGACAUUUCCCCUUACUUUUUAGGAGGAAAAAAGUGAGUGUUAUGGUGCAAAAAAUACGGUAGAUCAUAUUUUAAAUAGCCUUUAACUGGUACAUUUCAGAAAACGAUUGUAGAUGAUGCCAGUGCCAUAUUAUGAAAUUUGUUGUCCAUGGACUGUAAGUCAGGGCCUUGUUAGCUUGCUUUUUAUAAUAUGGUCUUCAUGAAAACAAUUUCAGUUUCCCUUGUUAAAAAAAAAAAAGAAGCAGUCAUGCAGACACAAGAACAGAUGGUCUCAAAUGCUCAUCAGCCUUUCUGUGGAUCACCUGAAUAGGCCAUAGUUUGAGGGGAAACUGUGUGUAGCCAGUAUAAACUGCUUAAUCAAGAUUCUGUAUAUUUGCUACGUCAUUGCAAGCAUCCUGUUUUCUGAAAGAAGACAGGCUCAGAUCAGAGACUUGUUCAGCAAGAAAUAGGCAGCAUCCUUUGUGGGUUGCCUUUGGUAGAUAUUCCUGAAUUAAACACCCACAGCAGAGACUGAUUGGUAGGAGGCAAGGACAGAAUAAGAAUCAUUCAGAGAUCCAGUGGGCAACUUCCACAUUAUUCGUGGUAAGUUCUUGUCACCUUCAGUAUAUAUUUUAAUUUGCAACUGAAAGGUUUUGAAGGGUUUUAACAGGGUGCUAACAAGCUUUUGUAAUUUCUGCAUUGUUACCUUUCAGACUGACUUUUCUAAAAGCAAUGUCUGCAAAUUGCUUUACAGAAAAUCCCCAAAUUAUUUCAACACACACUGACAUUGUAAUCCAGUAGACACCGCAGAGCUGUUUUACAAUGUGUAUGAGGGUUACAUAAUUGUUUUUCCACCGAUAAUUGCAACGUAUUCGAACAGUAAUCUAGAAGUGAAUCUGAAUAAGUAGUAUGUCAGCUAGAAUGCCUGCAUAUGUGGGCAGUGCUGGCAGAGUUGAGGAGGGAUGUGGUUCUUUUGAACAGCCAUUUCAACCGAAAUAUUUCAGUUUAAGCGAACUUCUUUUCUUCUUCACCCCUCUCUUUCCCACCCGCCCCCUUUCCCCAAGUUUCUAUGCAGAUUUUGGCCCACUCAAUCUGGCAAUGAUUUACAGAUACUGUUGCAAGCUAAAUAAAAAAUUGAAGGUAAAAAUGAAUUUGUACUCAAUGGUUUGUAUGUUAUUAUGUUCCCUUAUAAAAUGUUGCUGGGAGCGAACAUUAUUCACUUGAAGUUCAUGUGUGCACUGUUUUUACUACUUUAUAUUCACUGGCAGAAAAUAUUUAAAGUGAUAGGGAUUUAGGUUGGUGUUCAUAUAGGUAGUCCAGAGAGUGGUGUGUGUGUGUGUGUGUGUGUGUUUGGCAAAAGGGUGGGGAAGAAUAAUGUGGUAGAACUUGCCUGCUUUUAUUUUGGAGUACAAGUAACAGGGAAUUCAUUCUGUGGUUAAUGGAUAAAGGCAGAAGGCAAGAAACUGAAAACCAUAGAACUUAAAAGUCCUCAUGGUAUCACAGACAAAACAAACUUACUAGGAAACACUAUUUGGAGUGAAAGUGCCCCUCCCCCAAGGAAUUCAUUGUUUCUGGCAACCUGCCAGUGUCUGAAGCUAAUAUGUAUUUCAGUGGGAUUUAUCUUUUUAAUUAAAAAAAAAAAAUCUUAACAAUGCUUGCCAGCACCUCUUGACAAUUAAAAUACUGGCUCUUUGUAAUAAACAUACCCUGUUGUUUUUAACAUUUUAAGGAAAAUGUAUCUUGUACUGUAACAAAAUGGGUGGGAUUCUAACCUAAGGGCCCCCAUAGAUGAUGUGCGGCACCCACACAAGGGAUCAAGUUGUAGCUCCUUGUGGACCAUCAUUCAGCAUUACGCAAGAGGCAAGCAAAAUAUAUAUAUGACAAAAGCUCUGAGGCACUCUGCCCUAGUCUAUUCAGCGGCAUGAUAUUUAAUCUUUUGAUCAAUAUAAAAUUGAAAAUUACUUAGUUAAUGGACUUUCCCCACACUCAACUCUCCUUGUGCAUCCUGUGCUCUCCCCCCCCCCACAAAAAAAAAUAUGUUUCAGAGAGUUGGGGCGGGGGACCCAGAGCAAGUUUAGGAGGUGUGUGAGGAAAGGAGGGGGAGGGAAAAUUAUGUUGCACAGUCAAAAGUCCUAGCAGAAGCGCUUUUUGGAUUACCCCCCUAAGACCCCCAGAGGUAGGCUGUGGUCUCCCUUUUAAAAUAAUUAGGAAACCAACUCCCCAAACUCCACCUCUGCUGUAAUGUUGGAACAAAUAACUAGAAGAAGUAAAUCUAGUUUUGUUCCUCAUGGAUUCUGUGAAGGUUAAAUACAUCUAGUUGCUGUUCCUCCCUGCUACAGAUCGGUAGACACCACAAGCUUGUAAUCUGUUUUCUUUUUCCUUUAUGAUCAGAUGGAACAGUGUACAAGGCAAUCUGUUAUUUUCAAGUUUUUACAAAAAUAAUACCCUCGGGUGUUUUAUAGAACUGUAGUAGUAUAUAAUGGCAAUUAAGCCUUAAAACUGUACUAUGUAGUAGUGUGAGGGAUCUUGGGACAGUCAGCAUGCUGAAGAAAUGGCUCGUCUAGUCAAACAAGUCAUGCUAUUUCCCAGGCUUUCCCACAUUUUUUCAAGUUAUUUAGUGCAAGAAUUUCUGAUAGUAGAUGGGGGAAAAUGCCUAUUGGCAAGACAUUGCAGAAUAAAAAAAAAAAACAGAAGCUGCAAAUACGUUUUCAUUCAGCCUUUGAAAUGCGGUUGCAAAGUUAAACAGUGAAAACUGAAGUUUGUGACUCAGCAGUUACACACAGCUGCAAGACUUAAAGUGAUGUUUGCUGUGGAGAUCUGAUAAAUUGUAAGUUUGGAAUUUGAAGUAUUAUGUGGAGGAGCUGGUUAUGGGAUUACUGUUGGAUCUUCACAUUCCAAUUACUCUGCUUGGACUACAUUAACACCAUACAUUUAAAGUGCUGUGAAAACACUUUUAACAGUCAUUGCACCAUUAACAAACGACGCAUCCCAGGUUUCUUUAGGGAAAGCCAUGAUAGUUUAAAAUGGUAUCGCAGUGCUUUAAAAGUAUGGUGUGAAUGUGACCUUGUUGUAAUUAUUUUUCAGUGAACAGGGAAGCUGUGUGCUCAGGAACUAGAGGUUUAUAAGAGCAUGUCUAGAGAAGGACAGCACACUAUAGGUUCAAAUUUAUGUUAGGGUGUGUAUUUUUUAUUGCUCUUCUAUAAAUGACUAAUGAAUCUCUUGAGGUGUGUAAAUAAAUUUCACAUUGUCUGGUACAAUUAAAGUUUACAAAAGACCCUUUAAAACAGCAAAGUUAAGGAAAUUGCUUCUCAUAAUAACCUCAUGUUUACACGAGCUCUUUUGUUCCUGACUCAAACACUUAUGUUAUAUUGUGGACUUCAGAAUUGUUUCAUUAAAUUAUAUUUUUGCUUUGGAUAUUUGAUCUUCUAGCUCAUUUAAUUUUCUUCUUCUUACCAUUUCAACCUUCAUUACUAUGUAUGCUGGGUCCCAGUGUCCCUCUUUGUUGUAGAAAGGCUUUGACAAAGAAGUAAUCAUUUGAAUUAUGUCUUAAAUAAAAUGUAACAGUGUAACUACGUGUUACCAAAUGAGGCUGUUUUCUAUGUGUGCUUACUACUUAAAUAUGACUCAAAUACAACUUUUUAUAAUGCGAGGAGUUGGAUUAUAACUCCAUUGUUUAUUUCCUUGGUACAGUCCUUUACCAUGUUAAGAAAGAAGAUUGUUCAUUAUACUGGCUUUGAUCAGAAAAAGCAAGUCAACGCAGCCUUCCUCAUAGGCUGUUACGCAGUAAGUAUUCUAAUGUUUAACUUUAAACUGUCAAAGACCCACAAGCCUGUGUCGUCCCUGCCCCCUCAUGUCUAGUGAUCAAGUAACUUGUGGUUCAUGUCCUUUUGCCCCCAGUUUAGGAAAAGGAAUGCAUUCACAGGAUAAAACUGCUUUACAGUUUUAUCCCUAAGCCCAUUUUCUUUCACCAUUACCCCCUCAUUUGUUGCUGCUGUUACUCUUAUUACUAGAUACAUGGAUUUAUUUAUUGCCAGACCAUUUUGGCAAGCUCACCUGCCUUGCUAAACCAGAUGUCAUAUAUGAUACAGUGUGAGACAGGUGAAGAUGUCACUGGACCUACAAAGCCUCAAGUGCAGUUCUUUGCAAGCCCCAGUGCUCAGCUGAUCUGUCCUGGCUUCCAUGCACAGAUCAAUGCAAAAACUAGUCACCUUAUGGUCAUUGUGAUGUCAGGUGAUUGACAGAUGAGUCAGGGGCAUCAACCUGACAAGCGGGGUUGUGAGGAAGAUGAGGAUCAGGCCCAGUGCUUUUUUUCUAGAAAAUAAGGUGCCAGUACUGUGUACAUUUGAGUACCCCCAGGAAAAAAAAACACUGAUCAGGCCCACUGGUAGAUCUAGUUAUACCCUAUUAUAAACAGUCCAGGGUUUUGAAGUUUCGAAGAAGAUGAAAGACUUUUUAGAACAUUAAUUGAAUUGGGACAGCUGGGAAUUGAGUGGGGCUACUUUGAGGGAGCAGUGGUAAAAUACAGUGGAGGAAAAACCAUGCCCGUGAGGAAUAGUUGUGUUUUUACUUCUAAUUUAUUUUUGUCGGCACAUUUCAAAUACAAAAACGUAAAGUGAGCAUAACGAAAAACAUAACCCACAAAGCACACAGGUGUAGAUUUGGGAAGGCGGAAUAGCUUUGACACAUAUCCAUGGCACCAGACCAAAGCAUUCUUCUAGAAUGAACCCUGUAUGACAGGAAGCGUAAUCCCACAUGCAUCAGUAUUAAUGAAGGAAAAAGAAUGGGAACCAUGUAAUAAACCAAACUCUGUUCAAGGAAAUCCUGGUACAUUUCACAUUAACACUCCCAUCCUAAACAUGCUUUCUUUGAAAUAAGUCUUGCUGAUCGGCAUGGUGUUAACAUUCAAGUAAACGUGCUGAGAAUUGCAGCGUUAGUGUAAUUUCUAGUACUGUAUAUGUUUCAAUUAAGAUUUGUAUGUGGAAAGUACAUUUCCUUCAAGUAACCACAGAGGUCCAGCAAUGGGUACAGCAGGCAUGGGGAGCUUCAGACUUGGGACUAAAUGUGGCCCUCUAUGCCUCUCUGGCCCUUGGAACCAUGCUCUCUCCCUCUUCCCCAGACCACAUCCAUUAUUGGCACUGCUGUACAUGCUCCUCAAGUCCGGAAUAUGAACUUGAACUGUGUAACCAUGUCUCUUGCUUGCUUGGAUGAAGGGAGGGGAAAUUAGGUUGAACACUUUGAGUUUUGAAUGGAUGGAAUGGACCACACUUUUACCUCUGACCCUGCCCAUCACAAAAGAUUCUCCACAAGGGACUCCAGCUGUUAGGCUGAAGAAUGUUCUUCACCCCUGGGGUAGAGAGCAAGUUAUUUGUGUGGGAGCCGAUUGAAACUAAAUCCUUCGAAGACAGAGGUCCUAUGGCUGGGUCGUGAUGGCAUGGGGAUGAGGGACCAACUCCCUUCUCUUGCGGGGGCCCAAUUAGUGCCAUUGCCUUCCGUUAAGAGUUUGGGUGUAAUCCUUGACGCCUCCCUUUCCAUGGUAGCGCAAGUUACAGCAACAGCCAAGGCGACCUUCGCCGCAUCAAGCAGUUGGUCCCUUACCUUUCCCGCCCCAACCUGGCCACAGUGAUCCAUGUGACGGUCAUCUCCAGGCUUGACUACUGUAAUUCGCUCUACGCGGGGCUGCCCUUGAAGCUGACCCAGAAACUCCAGAGGGUGCAGAAUGCUGCAGCGAGGCUCCUCACGGGGUCUCUGCCAUGGGAGCAUAUUCACCCAGUGCUUUUCAAGCUGCACUGGCUCCCGGUGGAGUACAGGGUCAGAUUUAAGGUGCUGCUUUUGACCUUUAAAGCCCUUCACGGCCUAGGACCCUCGUACCUAUGAGACCGCCUCUCCCAGUAUGCCCCACGGAGAGCCUCAAGGUCCAUAAAUAGCAACACCCUAGUGGUCCCGGGCCCUAAGGAAGUUAGAUUGGCUUCAACCAGAGCCAAGGCCUUUUCAACUCUGGCUCCGGCCUGGUGGAACGCUCUGGCUCAUGAGACCAGGCCCCUGCAGGAUCUGAUUUCUUUCCACAGGGCCUGUGAGACAGAGUUGUUCCGCCUGGCCUUUGGCUUGGAGCCAAUUUGAUUCCCUCCCUCUCUUUCUUUUUUCUUUUUCCUUUCUCCUCCUGCGAGGAGGCUACAUUUUAAUAUUUUAAUGUUUCAAUAUUUUAAUGUUGUAUUUUAAUUUUGUUAUCAUUCAACUUGUUUUUAUUAUUGCUUGUAAGCCGCUCUGAGCCCGGCCUUGGCUGGGGAGGGCGGGGUAUAAAUAAAAAUUAUUAUUAUUGGGCUGUACUUUUAGUCCAAAACGUAAGGAGGAGGCACCAGGUUGGGGACAACUUCCUUUUCUACAGCAUACUCUAGAAUCCCUUGCAAUGUGCCGAACUGCUUAAAUGGGCAUGCCAAUCUCAAAAAAGUUCUGUGCUGAAGGUAGAAAGUUGGAAAAUAAUUUUUCUCAACAAUAAUGCUCCUUCUGAUAUGUCCAGGCUCCACAAAGCUUAAAUUGCUUCAAAAGCUUCUUGAAUUGUAACUUUACUUUUUUUCAUACGGAAGAUACCUUUUGUAGACAAUAUGUUUGGAUCCUUCUUUCUCCACUCUUCAAAGGGAUAUAAGCUGCUCUGUACAGUGUGGCUUGGUUUGCUAACUGUUUCUGAAAGUCGCAUGGUGUGUCCAGAAUUCUUCUCCAGCUGAGUGGAAGUUCAGCUUCAGCAGGAUUUCUGUUCAAAGAGCUGCACUAUUCAUACCCUCUUAAGCAAUGAUCACACGUUGGCAUGGAUAUGGUUCUUGAUUGGUCCUGUCCAACUUACAGCAACAAACCCUGCCUACACUGGUGCAUUUUGCAGUUGUCACAAAGGAGAAGUUAGAGCUAGAAGGGGAUGUGAAUGUUUGGUCCUCUCCUUCCAGAGCUAUCCUUGCAAUUGCUAUAUUGCAGGCACCCCCAAACUCAGCCCUCCAGAUGUUUUGGGACUACAACUCCCAUCAUCCCUAGCUAACAGGGCCAGUAGUCAGGGAUGAUGGGAAUUGUAGUCCCAAAAAGCAUCUGGAGGGCUGAGUUUGGGGGUGCCUGCUAUAUUGUAUUCUUGAACAUAGUUUCCCCAUGCGAUUCUUUGAUUUUAUUUGCCUUUAGAUUUCUUAAAUGUUUGGUCAAUUGGUUAGAUUAUUUGCUAAACACAUUCUGACUAAUUAAAAACGUGUCUUCAAUUAAUUGCAACACUUUUUUUAAUGCUAAUUAAUAUAAAAGCUUCACAUAGGUGUAAUUAAAAAAAGAGGUAUUCCUUCUUGACUCCUUUGGUGAUUCCUGCUGCAGCACAUACAUACACCAUCUAAGACAAAACAAAUCAAAACAAAAAGGUUGUUUUCUUUGGGCAGGAUUCAAUUUAUGAGUCAUGUCAGUGGAAGCCUUUCCUCUUUCUCCUCCUCUUUCGUGUCCCCCAAAAUUGGCUCAGGGAGCUCGGAAGAACCCCCAGAACGGUGUGUAGGGGGAGGAGAGGGAGACCAUUCAGCCUGGCAAACUGAAUUGCUUGCCCUGUUGGAACGAUCACAUGUUGAACAACUCCCCUAAUUCAUAUGAAAAUAUGUAUCCAUUAACUAGCUAAUUACACUACAUCCAUUUAUCAAUAAAGUGCUGUCUUUUAAAUUAAGUGACAGCAGUAAUGCUUUUCUGUACUUCUUAAAGCAGCCGUUGUUGUUACUGCCAAAACUACACCAACACUUAAAGGGAGAGAUUCUUUAUCAGCUACUGAAAAUUAGCUCACUGUUCUUUAAAAAAAUACAGAAAAUACAAGAGCCAGUGCUUUCGAGGCUUGCCUUGUCAUAUAGAAGCCUUGUCAGUGUUUCCAUUUUGUGGGAGUAAUUAUAACAAAUUCAGGAAGGAGUAGCAUUUGUAUUCAAUGUAGGAAAUGUGUCGUUUCAGUGCUGAAUCACUGCUACCUAGUGGAGCUUUGUAUUCCUAAGCUGUUUUCACUGUUUGGCUUUAAACUUUUGCUUGAUGUUUAUAGAGGACAACUUGAAUGUUUUCAGUGGGACUGGGAUUUUAACCAGAAAGUAGUAAAUCUGUUGUGCUAAUUGUCCUGUCAUUGUGGCUGUUCUUCUAGACAUUGUGUGGUGUCCUUUACGCACAGAGAAUUUGACAAUUCUUAAUAUGGCAAGUUUUACUGCCUUCCUAUUAUUGAUUUCUAUGACUGCAGGUGUAUGAAACUAAUAGUAAUUGAAUAGAAAUUUAAUAAAUAAACACUGUAGAGUUAUUUAUUUAUUAUCACCAGAAUGUUAAUGCUUUCGAGUAUACUCUCUAAUGGUAAAAGGAGUUACAAUAAAAUAUUUGUUGUUGUUUUUCAAUGUUUUGUAGGUGGUUGUAUUAACCUUCUGAUACCUUGACAUCCCCCCUUCAAAAAAAGAAAUGACAUAUUUGACAUACCCCUGCAUGAAUGUAUUAAAUGCAUUUUUAGAUGUUAAUCUGGGGCUGUUGAUUUCAGAUACAUCUAAGAAUAAUACAUAAUUAUGCAAGUGACUACAGCACUGCAAAUAGUGCUAUUCCCACAAGUUUUAUUUUGGAAAUAAACACAGAACCAUAGAACUGAAGGAUAGUGAGAGUGUUAUUGAGAAAAUAUUAGACAUGCCUUGAAAUCAGUGGUCCUUGAAUGCUCCAGUGAGAAUUGGGUUUACAAUUCAAAUUACCACAUAUAACCUUAAGCCAAAUAAGGUAAAAUCUCAAAUUAAGAAAACUGUUUAUCAUACCUGUUGUAUCUAGAAUGUUUUCAGAAAAUGAAUCUGAAUGUGCUGUUCCUUCAUUUCAUGAAGAUCAUGAAUCAUUAAUGGCAUUUUCAUUUAUGUUUUCAGUGUUUGUAGGUGAUGUAGUUUCUUCCGUUUGUCUUUUCCUAUCAGGCCAUUUGCUCUCUUGGAUCUUUCAAUAAGAAUUUCUUGUGGUAUACCGUAUCAAAAACUGGGUUAGAAACAGAAGAAAGAAGCAUUUCAAAUAAUGAGCGAAAACUCAAAAUAAUAAAUGGGUGGUUAAACAAUCUGUUAGUGCCUUGAACAUGAUUUUCGGGUAGGUUUCGUCACUAACCAUCUGUAUGUAAUUGUGACAUAUAUUAAAUUGAGCAGCAUGUGUGUGCUGCUGGAAAAGGAUAUGUGACAACCUUCACUGACCUGGUGCUCUUCAGGUGUUUAACAGCCCCAUCACCCCUGACCAUUGGUCAUCAUGAUGGCUGGGACUGAGAGGAGCUGUAGUCUGAAACAUCCUAAGGCCGUCGCAUUGAGGGAGGCUGAUACAUGGAAUAUUUGGUAGCAGAGUAAUGAUAAGUGUUGUGAAAUAAGACGUCAUAGCUUUCGUUUUGCUCAGUUAAAAUACCAAGCUGUUCAUACUUAAAAGGCAGAACUGCAUUAGCUAGAGAGGUUUAUAGUACUUUGUUAGCAGAUGGAAAUAUACUUUGAGAUUACUUCAGAAGUGGGUGCUUUUGAUCUCCUCUAUUAUUUCACGGGUUAAUAUCCUUUCUUCUGACUCUCUUUGUCUGUUUUAAUUCAGAAAUAGCUCCUGUGUGUCCUGUCCUCCUCCUUUGUCUCCUGCCUCCAUCUCAGCUCUGUAUCCCAAAUCCUGCAUUAACUUAGUAACAGUGUUUCUUUUUCUCAGGCUUGGCACUAAUUAUGUCCUUUUGGAGGGCUACCCUUCUUGGGUCCUACCCUCAAGAAUUGCUGUAAUUCAGGUCAUCUCCAGGACUCAUCUCUGUGUACUUUAUUUUCUCAUCUUCUUCCUUCAGGGUAAGCAGUUUCCUUCACCUCUUGUGUUCUUUGUUUUUUUCCCUUAAUCCUUCCUAGGUUCAGUUUGCCAACUUUUCUAGAUAUAACCUUAUUUUAGAUGGCGCUGCCGAAGCAGAAUCAUCACUGCUGAUGUACCAUUCAAAUAUCUAACCUUUCCAUUAGUACUUCCAGUAAUACCUGAAAUUAAAUUAAAAAUUUCUACGUUAAUGCAUGGGGAUUUGAUACCAACAGGGUUUCUUGUGUAUCUUGUGUUGGCUUUCAUAGCCUUCUCUACAUUUAAGCAAACAGGCGUGAGUGUAUUUGUGUCCUGUCUCUUUUCUAAAACCUGUAUUGGGUUGUGCUGGGUUUUUCCCCCUUACAAUGUUUUCUCUCCCUCUAAGGGUGCAUAUUUCACCAGUGUGGUUGUGCCUCAUUUCCCCAAGGAAUAAUAUGCAAUCUUCUUCUUUGAUCUCUGCAAGGUCUCAAUGUUUGCCUGCUCCUGUGACUUUUCAUUUUUAUACCUGUUUACAGAAGCUGUCUCUUGGUAGAGUGCAGCUGCUACUCUAGCUUCCUGGCAGGUGGGUUGCUGUUGUCUACCAAGAGGCAUUAGGCAGCUGGGAGGUCAGUGCAGUGCAAACACACUGGCAGGAGUGCCAGAUUGGUUCUACCAGUGGAUUUGCACUGCGCUGACCUCCCCAUUGUAUCAACCCUCCCAGAAAGCAAUAGUAACCCACUGCCAGAAAGCCAGGGUACUGGUUCUGCCGACUAGGCAAGUUGCUUCUGUAGUCUGUUUUUACACAGUGUUAUUAUUGUAAACAGUUUAUGACUUAUGUUUGUGCCUUGGCUUAGGAAAGUCAUUUCUGCUGUAUUUAUUUAUUUUCUGUCCUUCUGUGAUGCUUUCUUUCCCACUCUUUUGUAAAGCUGAUGAAGAGUUGCUAUUUAAAAAACAAAACAAAAUCUAUAGAAUACAAGGGCUUAAAGUUCUACUUUUUCUAAAAAUAAAAAUAUGCACUUAACUUCCACAGGUUUCUCUCUCACACACACUUGACCACAAGUCAACUGUUUUAACUUUAACUCAGAUCAGUUGUAUAUUAUAUUUCCCCAGAAUAUUGCAUGACUGAUAGGGUAUAGAAAUGCCAAUUCAGUUAUACUUCCUGUGACAGGAGCAGAUGAACUGCUACCCAUUUCUUAACCAUGGUUAAGGAAUCUGGAAUGGACGUUCCCUCUUGCACUUGAAUCUCUGUGCCUGCCUAUGCAAUGAUUCGGUAUCUGUACCAAUGAUCUAGUGAGGAGAAGGAAUACACACCGAAGCAGGGAAGGGCUGGGGCAGGGAUUAUGAAGUCUGAUGAACCACUCUUAAUCCUUUAACCAGGGUUACAGCCAGCUAGUGUUGUCUGCACGGUACCUUGGGCUGAGUUUUGAAGAAAAUAAAGCUAUCGGUUGAUGAUACAUUCACAAGCUUGCGCUCACUUGCUUCCAGAACCAUUUAAAACAAAAACAUAACCUGUUCUGAAGAUUUGUAAUGUUUUUACAUGCUUGUGUCUAACUGGGGAAAGUAAUGACAGUAAAUAGGCUCAUGUCACUGGGCCAUUGAAUGAUCUGGGAGAUUGUUUUGCUGAAGUACUGUUGAAAAUAAGUAGUUGUGGACUUGGUGCUUGGUAGGGAGGUUGUUAUUAGACUUAGAAUUGUAUUAUCAUAGAAUUGUAGAGUUAGAAGGGACCCCGAGGGUCAUCUAGUCCAGUGUUUCCCAACCUUGGGCCUCCAGCUGUUUUUGAACUACAAUUCCCAUCAUCCCUGACCACUGGUCUUGCUAGCUGAGGAUUAUGGGAGUUGUAGUCCAAAAACAGCUGGAGGCCCAAGGUUGGGAAAUGCUGAUCUAGUCCAACCCCCUGCAAUGUAGGAAUAUCAUCUAAAGGAUCUAUGACAGAUGGCCAUCCAACCUCUGCUUAAAAACUGGAGUCCACUACCUCCCAAGGGAGUCUCUUCCCCUGUGGAACAGCUCUUACUGUCAGGAAAUUCUUCCUGAUGUUUUGUCAGAAUCUCCUUUCUUGUAACUUGAAUCCAUUGGUUCAGUUGACCCUGUCAGUGUUUGAAAAAGAAAAAGGUUCUGACCUCCUUUGCCUCCUUUGCCUGGUCCUCAGACCCUAGUUGGCACAAAGAGUCCUUAAGAAAGAGUACUUUGCAGAAUGCUGCUUUUAUUCUUAAAAAGUCGUCUUCUCCAACCACGACCGACAGCUUUUACCCACACCAAACGCAACUAGCUUUCUACCAUCCAACCAACCCACACCCAACACUAACAUUGGCCACUCUAUAUAUACAGGUGCAAUUUAGUGAAAGGUUGCAUGAGUCAUUGUAGACCGCUGACUCAUGCUGACUUAGUUCUUUUAGCAUUAAAGGAACAGCGGCCAAUUUUUAGCCGCGACAGGCCCACUGUGGCAGGUGGAGAGGUCUGCUUCACCAACACAUUUCCUACAAAGAAGGCAGUGGGAAAGCAACAACCCAGCAGGAUUGGCCCCACACCACCUGCGGACACCACCUAGUGUUGUCAGCUGAUGGAUAGGUGGGUGUGGCUUGUGAAGGGAAAUGACCUGGCAGGCCAAGAUGGACCAAUGGGCUGGAGAUUCCUCACCCCUGUCUUAGAGCAAGGUGAGGAGACAGUUCUGGCAGAUAAAUCAUGGUGGAAGUGGUGACCUUAACAAUUGAUGUGUCCCCCAUUAGAAAAGUGCUUUCUUCCACUGAUUCCCCCCACCCUCACCUUAUUAUACCAUUGCAACAUCCUUACGGAAGAGAUUAUCUUUCUUAGGACAUCAUUUUAAUAGGUUAUCACUUACGAAGUAUAGCAGAACUUCCAGCCUUACUGUCCAGAGCUCUCACCCAGCAGAUGCAGAUGUACAUGAAUUGAGACUGGGAAGUUUUACAGCAGAUGUUCCGUCCCACUUUACGUAGAAGCAACUCCCGAAGAACCCGCACAUUUCUGCAAUAGUAUUUUACUUGUUUAUAGGACAGCAUUGUGUUCAAAGCAAUUUGAAGCUGCAUUUCUUGAAAAGAAAUUUAAGCAAGGUAGUUUUCCAAGUGCAGUGCUUCUAAUUUCCAAGCCCUUGUAGGGGUGGGGUGGGGGUCCUGUUAUUCACUCCAUCAGUGCAUAUAGCCAGCGAAGCUCUCCUUCAAGAUUAACAGUAAUAGCUUGUGCUGUUGAACGUACAAGCCACUGGGGGUGUUGUGACACGAUUCCAGCACCCUACUAAUCAGAAUGUGCAGGAGGGCCCCCAAGUGCAACAAUGCUCAACCCCACCCCCCCACCCCCGCUUUUGAAGUAACUGACUACAGUUUGCCAUGUAAGCAGGGGUCUCCUCUUAAGACCAGUAACUCCAGAGACUAAAACUACUCAGCUGUGCUACUUUGUGUAGCAUCUGUUCAUCAAAACAGGACUUGAAUGUUAUUGAAACAUGACGUGUCUCUUCAGUCCAUGCAAUGGAUAAUUGCUUUGUGUACAGCCAUAUUGUAUUGGGAAUGCUAACUGGAUAAUCAAGAAUUGCAGCUGCUGAAUUAUCUUUUGCCUAUAAUUUUAUCCUUUGUUUUGUCUACUCGGAGAGCACAGUUGUUUAGGAAGGCUGAUUGCAAAAUUGUAUCACCUAGCAUUUUAAAUAUUUUAAGGAUUAAAAACUGGGGCGGGUGAAACAUGAUAGAAGUGUGUACAGUUGUUAAACUUUGCUUAUGCUAUAUUUUCUAUUUUCAUUUUUAAUGAAGCAUAGUUCUAUAAAUUUUCAUUGCAAACUGUUUAGUAUUUAAAAUAAUGAUUAAAUAGGCGGUUUGAGAACAGUCACAGUUCGUGUCUUGUGCUGAUGGAGGCUUAAAAUAAUUUGCAUUUCCUGUAUGACAAAGUUAGGGGUACGAUUCCAGAGGUUAUUUGUUUACCACACUAUAAAAAUAAGUAGUACAGAUAGGAGUCUCACCCUUGCAAGCAGGUGUAGGCUGGUUGUGAGAGUCAGGCCUAGCGUAUAUAUUGUGGACAUGGUGUGGAUUCCACCAGAGUUGUCAAAUCACGUGGGUGCUGUGCUCCUUGGUAAAAGCAGUUUGUGUGAAUUGGUUCCAACAUGGUUGUACCAGUAGUAACCAUAACACGGGCCUUGGGUUGCUUACAUGCCAGACUGCUGUGCAGGCAAAGUCUUCUGUAGCCAAUCCUGUUAGUUUAAAAAAUGACCCAUUUGAUGGUUCUGAAAAUUUCUUGGGACACGCUAAUGGCUCAUGAAGAAAACGUUGCAAUGUUUUGAACUGGAAUCUAAUUCUGAUCUGCAAUUCUACUGCAGUAACACUUUCUGGAGCUUGAACAGCAUUUAUGUAUGCAGAAUGGUUAUUGGUUCUAUUUGCCUUUUUUCUGGCUUUGUAUUGACCGCCAUGUUACUUUAUAGCCAGUUCUCUGUAUCACUGUAUGCACACUAUCCUUUGUCCUACUGUAUGCCUUGCUUUGGUGGGUGGGAGAAUUGCAGAGAAUAUUAUCUUGUAGUUAACUUAAAAGUACCAUAUGAAUGUUUUUCCCCCCUUUUUCUCCUCUCUGUUUCCAAAAUAGAUAAUAUAUCUGAGGGAAUCUCCAGAAAACAUAUACAGGCAUUUAGUGUCUGAAAAUGUGACAUAUCUUCCUUUCAGGUAAAUGAAAGCAUGUAUUAAAACCACCCAUCCUUUAAAAAUAUUCAUUUUACCCUUUCUUGGCAGGGGGAGAAACUGAUCCCCUGCCCAUUUGGAAUUCCUACCUCAGCCUUCACUAACUUAGUGCUUUCCAGAUGCUGUUAGAAUCCAACUUCCAUCAGCCCCAAAGAAUACGGUCAGUGGUUAGGAAGGAUGGGAGUUAAACUCCAAAACCUCUGGAGAGCACCUGAUUGGUGAAGACUUUUCUAGAUCUUUUUUUACAUGCGUGCUCAAGACUUACUAUCCUUAAACAAAAAUAAACCAGAUAGGGGAGCCCCAUGCAAUUUGCUAUGGCAAAAUGUGUUAAGGAAGCAAUUUUUAACACUGUUGUUUAGUUACUGAUCCCUAAAAUAUAGUUUUGUGUUUACACCAGCCGAACACUUCUCGUAUGAUAGAUUGGAGUGCUCUACAUGUAGGCACAAACACAGUGCAAUCCUAUUCAUGUCAGGUAAGGUGCACUGAGUUCAGCAAGUCUCUCUCCCCCCCCCCCCCGCGCCAAUAAGUGUUUAUUGGAUUGCAGCUGCAGGCUUCAAGGUUGAUGGGGGGGGGUCAAGCUAACUACUUACUUAAGUGGCUAGUGGAUUUUGCCCCCAUGACAACACAUCUUCCAAGUGCAGCAAUUUAGUUUUCCACCUGUGGCCGACUAAUGUCUAGCAUAGCAAAUGAACCCAGAGCUGAGAAUUCAACACACAUGCAGGGCAGAUCAGUCCAGAAAACGAAUCGAGCAGUUGGGACUUAGCUUGGCACAGGAUGCUCCCCGCAGUGACAUGAAUACUCCUCUCAUCUCAUCAUGGUGGUCAGCAUGAGCCUCAGUGAAGCUUGUAGCAUCUGCUAGCUGGAGAGCUCUCAAGAAAGGGGCAGGUUGGCCGUGGGCAGCAAGGAUGGACAGACUCCAGCUAGUGGAGUGAGCCAGCCUGACCUCUCUGCCAUUUCUCUCGCGUUUGCUGUUGACCCAAGAGAGCAAGGCAGCCAGCCACAACAAGAUCCUUCCUUGCCAUGGCACUGCUCCACUGGUGUGGCUUAGGGAACCAGCGCCCAUACAUUGAGACCAUUUGACUUUUGCUGGAAAAGCAGUAAUUGUGUGCCACAAAAUUUGGAAACGGUUCAAAUGUCCUUUUGACACGUAUUUAUCUGCUUGCUGUUAACUACAGUGGUACCUCUAGAUACAAACGGGAUCCGUUCCGGAGCCCUGUUCGCAUCUAGAGGUAAACAUAACUAGCGACGGCACGUCUGCGCAUGUGCGUGACGUCCUUUUGAGCGUCUGCGCAUGCGCAAGCGGUGAAACCCAGAAGUAACGAGCUCCGUUAUUUCUGGGUUGCCGAGGAGCACAACUCGAACGCGCUCAACUCAAAGCAUAUUUAACCCGAGGUAUGACUCUAAUAGAAAUCACUAGCUAGAGUGUGUUGUAGCCAAGUCAGGAAGCCUACAAAAUUUUCCUUAGGAAAGUUGGCCAACAUUGAGUUCACACUUGUGUGCCUUGCAGGGAUGCUGCGUUUGGUACCUGCAGUUUUCAUCUAACGCUGCUCGACUGCUUUCAGGCGGUAAAUAAGGUUAGUAAAAUAAAUUCCAUGUGUGAUCUGGAACCCUGUACUUUGAUCAGAACCUUAUGGGAUUCUGGACAGUUUGAAAUCUGAAAGAUUUCCAAAAGAUUGGAUAAUUAAGAAGAGGGGGAAAUAAGCCAAACCACAAUUAUGGUUUGGAUCCAUAGUGAGAUCAGACUGCACUUCCGUGUUUGUAUGAUGUCUCCCACUCCCCAAAUUCUAUCAAUCCCCCUCUUCUUGCAGCCUCUCAUUCCAAACAAUGCAUCAUUCUAGAGGGUCCUCUGACCCUCAGGAGUGGGCUUUCACUGGUCAGUAAGCCAGCUGUUGUCUAUUUUUAUUAGCUUUGUGGUGACCCAUGGUUUUGAAUAAGUACAUUGAACUGAAGUGACUGGAUUUGGGGGAGGCUGCAAUGAGGAGGAGGGGGAGAAGAAGGAGAAGAAAAUAUUAUUAUUAUUAUUAUUAUUAUUAUUAUUAUUAUUAUUAUUAGUGUUGGGAAAGUUCCAUUGUGUGAGCAGGAAUGGUAGUCAUAAUUACACUUACAUAGCAAUUUCUGAGUGCUUUGCAUAUAUCAUUUACAUAAGUAAAGUUUUAGUUCAGACAAUGUAGAUAAUAUGGAAUGGUAAAAGAGACAGACUAAAAGUGAUCAUUUAUGGUCCAUUCUACAAGGCUUAUGUUGUUGUUUUUAAAGUUGCUCUCUUGCAAAUUUUAGGCUUUGCGGUAUGGCUUCCUUGAUUUCAAUUCAUUUGAUGUAGAUGAAUAUGAACACUAUGAGGUAAGCAUCAUUCUGUUUACUGAUGUCUACUUAUAAUUACUGCUGAGACUGUCUUUGCUUAAAAUUGGCAUGCAUUACUUAUAGCUCUUGAUUUUUUCUGUUUUCAAGAUAGUCUAUAUCUAAGUAUGUGGAGUCAAGGAAAGUAAGGUAAAUAACAAAAAGAUGUUUCAAUACACUUAAGGCUGUCGCAUGACAGUGUGAGAGCAUGUGGUCUAUAAUCCCAGAUGAAAUCGGAAUUACACAUUCUUAUUCUGCAAAACCUUACAUCAGCAUUCCUCGUCAUCCUCACUAUGUUCACCGAAGCAAAUGUGACUAAUGUCAGGGAUGUUUUAGGGAUGAAGUAAACAAUUCUUAUGUUUUCUUAACAGAGGGCUGAAAAUGGAGACUUUAACUGGAUAAUACCAAAAAAAUUCAUUGCCUUCAGUGGCCCACACUCAAGAAGUAAAAUUGAAAAUGGUAUGUUUAAAAGAUAGAGGCACUUGCGGCGGAAACAAUACAUUACUCUGUUACUUUCUGCAUUACCAACUACAGCAGCCACGUCCAACUCCCAAGAGACUGUGAUCUACUCCCAGUAUAAAAAAACUGGCAAUGAUCUACCCAUUGUCACUGGAGGGAGGAGGAACUUAUUUUAGGAGGGAAAGGCCAGAGUUGUUGAGAUUUUUUGGGGGGGGGAGAGGCUAACCAUUAACUACAACACUAACAAGCACACAAAACAAUAAAGCCAACUAAUGUCAGCAGCAGACUAGAAACGAUCGCCCUUUUGAAGCUACGUAGGAACGGGGCAGGGGGCACAAACAUUCAUUAUACAUUGCUUUAAAUCCCGCGAUCGAUAACGAUCCUGCGACCAGCUGCGAUCUUCCUGGGAUCUACCUGUCGAUCGCAGUCACCUGAUUGGACAUUGCUGAACUAUAGAAAUCAGUAUUUGAAAACGGGCUGGGUUGAUAGGUUUUGGUGGGGUAUUUGGGUGGCUUGCUUGAUAUUUUGUUCUACACUGCCGUAAAUGUUCAUUCGUUCCUUUCUUCCAGGUUACCCACACCACGCCCCCGAGGCCUAUUUUCCCUACUUCAGAAGACAUAAUGUUACCACUAUAAUCCGUCUAAACAAGAGAGUGUAUGAUGCAAGGAGAUUUAAAGAUGCAGGGUUUGAGCAUUAUGAACUCUUCUUUGCUGAUGGAAGUAUACCUAAUGAUGCCAUCAUCAGAACAUUCCUAAGUAUUUGUGAAAAUGCCGAAGGUGCUAUAGCAGUUCAUUGCAAAGGUACAGGAAUCAUGAGUUAAAGUAAUCGACACUAACUUUUUGGGAUAGCAUUCACUGCAUGCAUUAUUAACCAUCACUUAGUUCAGCCAUUACACAGCAUUUUUUAAGCAAUUUGACCAAAAUCACCAGUUUCUCUUAAAAAUCAUUUGUACUGCAAGGAUUCUGACAUCUCUUUCACUAGAAUGUUGGAAGUCUCCUUUUUCUUCCAUCUCAUCCCUAAGUGCUGUGGCCUCUUGCUAGGUUACUACUUCCAACUUCCAUGUGGAAUCUUGCUAAUCAUACAUGGUUUAAAUAGAGUCUGAGAAAUGGAAGCAGUAAGCCUCUAAAGAUUCUGUUUUCGGCCUGUGUUCCAGUGGAUUCCACUAAACUGUAACAAGCACAAAUGUGAAAUAAAUAAGUUACCUGCAUAAAUGUGUAGUAAAUAAAGAGCAUCCCAGCGAGGCCAGCUGCUACACGUAAGCCUCAUCAUAAGUCACCCAGGAGGUAGUGAUAACUUAUGAAAGUUUUUUAUGGUAGAAAAGUGACAAUGUGCAGCUCAAGCCUUUAGAAGUAAUAAUAAAGGUGCACAUCCUUACAGAAUAACAUAUGGAUAUAUUUCAGUUUGCUUUUUGUGUAUUACAAAUCUGGGUAUCGAAAGCUAAGCUCACUUUGAAAGAUCCCUUCCAGAACAAACUUUUGACUGCCACCUUAUGUCCAGGUAUGCCUUUGGUGCAAUUUAGAAAGUUUUGAUUACAGAUACAGUGUGCUGAAUCCAAACAGGUUGGAGAGCACUUCCUGAAUGGGGUGAGCUGUGAGCAACUUGGGUUUAGGAGGGAGCAUAGUUGUUGAAAAUUGGGUACCCCCCCCCCCGCCAUUUCCCCAGAGGGCCACAGGUGGCUCAGCUCUGGAGCAUCUCCAUACCAUUCGAAGAGAUUGAUGAAAGCUGAGGAGCUUCAUCCAGGCUUGGAUCUGCUCAAGCAUUUGCUGUUUAAAUUUGUUUAUAAAAUACAUCAACAGGGCACUCUGAGCACUCAGGGCACUCAGUUACUCAGGGCACUCAGUUACAGAAAAGAGUAUUAUCUCAAGCCAGAAUAGGAACAUAGGUAACUGCCUCAUGGCAAGUCUGACUAUUAGCCCAGGGCUGUCUGCUCUGACUGGCAGUGGCUGGAAGGGGCAACCUCAUUAUCUGCAUCCUGAUGGAUCCUAUUAACUGGAAAUGCUGUAGAUUUAACCUGGGACCUUUUGCAUGUAGAGCAUGUGAUGUAUGACUGAGCUAUAUAGUGUGUCCCACACACACACAUACAUACCCAAUACAUGGCCUGAUGUGUUUGGGGUUCCUUUUUGUGAAGGCCUGGCCUAAGAAAUGUAGGGCCCAAGCAAUUGUGGUUUGCAGAGGGAGCAUACAAGCAUGAUAAAGCCUGACUGAGGAUCUGCUUGCAAAAGCCAGAAAAAAGAACGAGCUUAUUUGUGUUCCACGCAGCUGGACUUGGCAGAACUGGCACACUUAUAGCCUGUUACAUUAUGAAGCAUUACAGGAUGACUGCUGCUGAAGCUAUUGCCUGGAUUAGAAUCUGCAGACCUGGCUCUGUGAUUGGAGCACAGCAGCACUUCCUGUUAGAGUAAGUAAGCCUUUAAACCCCCCCCCCCCGAAGAUUGAAUCAGUGCUGAAGCUAUUUAAUUAUUUGCAUGCUGUGACCGGGACCUGGCCUCACACAAAUUGGUAAUGACCAUUCUGCCUUCUGAUAUAUUAAAUAUAGGUUAAAGGAGGUUAGGACCAUAAAACAGCAGUUACCCACAUAGAGGAGCAGAGAUUGGCAGUGUGCCUUCUGAAGACACUGGUAAUUCUGACCGCUGGCUUGGUCUGCUGCUUGCUGCUUUACACGUAAAUCAGAAACUGCAGUAUAAGCAGCCUACAAUCACCGGCAUCUGGUUAGAGCUGUGUGUCUUUGACUUGCUUUCCCAUCAGUAGCAUACCUUCCAACACUAUGAAGCCCAAAUCAGGGAUGCCUUCUUUACAGACACCAUCUUCCCAUUUUUUUGUGUGAGAGCACACCAGCCAGUUUGGUUGCUGUGAUCUCAUGUGAUUUUGUGCUGCAAAAAAACUGCUUUCUUCAGGCACAGCGCCCCAAAAUCCAUGUUUUGGGGCACCAUGCGAUAUUGCAGCCCCCCAAAAGUGCUUUUUUCAGGGAGAAAUUGCACCAUGGAAUUUCACAACAUCGCAGCAACCCAAAUGGCCACUGUUAUAUCGUGAGAAAAAAUGGGAUGUCCCUUUUUCCCCCCCUGAGACACUUGCGGGGUAUGCAGUAGAAUUCAGCAGCUGAAUGUGCAUUACUGACAGAAGCUGAAAUCACAGAGCCUGUACAGUUGCGCACACAUUCUGCCUGGACUAAGCCUUAAAGAAAAGGGAAGGAAAACAGAAAACUCAACCUCAAAAUUAUAGACUAUGGUACAGAAUUGGGUAGAAACAUCAAUAUAUAUGAAUUACUACUGAAGUGUAUACAAAAAUGAAAUGAAACUAUUGUUUUUUAAGGUGAAGAACAUGCACAAGACAUAGCAAUGAAAUGUCUAAAAUGCAGUGAUUAAAAUAUCGAUAUUGAUUGAUGCCUUAGCAUCAGAUUAGUAUGACAAAACGAGUACACUACAAGACUUCACUCGGCACUCAUUAAGCCUGCCAGCAGACUGAAAGCAACUUUUUCAUCUACUAAUACGUCUAAUUGUCUUAAACAAACAACAGCAAUAGCUCUCUGAAAUGUUUGUCUCCUGCCUUUCAGUAAAACUUUCAAGGUGGAAAUAAAAUUAUAACUCUGGUUUGCAUCCAUCUGUUCACAAAAGGGCUUUUGAUUCAGCUGAGAUCCACUCCUCUAAUGUAAGGGAGACAAUUUUUAAUUGUUCCUCCGGUAUCCCUCCACACUACUUCCCAUGCUGUUCCAAAGAUUCUACCAAUCCUCCAGAGCAGAUUGCUUUUUUUGUUGGUGGGGAGGGUGUUGCAGAGAAGAGGAGGAGGAAUUGGCAAAAAUAACUUCAUUUUCCAAUUACUGGAAACCACUGCUAGGUCAAAGCAAUUCUGCAAAUGGAAGGGCAUAGUUGGAUGCAAUGCGAUAAAUAUUUUACAUGACUAUAUUGAGACCAUUUUGUACCACAUUAGAGGGUGGCACACCUGCUACUGGACUCUGCUUAACCUAUGAAUUUGGAUUUAUAAAUGUAGUCAAAAAUUGAUAUUGGCGAUUUCUACUGUAUUUUUUCUCCGUAACAGGAAACAGUCAGAACUUUGGUUGGAAGGUGAUAUUCUCCGUGCAAAGCUAAGGAAGACAGCAAAAUACACUGUUACAAAAAUUCUUUCAGGAGUAGAUGACAUUUCAAUUCAUGAUUCCAAAAGUCAGAUUGACAGCAGUAAAGAUUCUGAACCGGUAAUCACCCGAACGUUGUGCUGUUGUAAAUCUUAGGGCAUUGCGAAAUGUGGGUAUAAUAAAGCAAAAGUGGUUGGAUUCUUUUUGUAUGCUCUUCUGUAUUCCUAUUCCUGAAAAGCAUCCUAAGAGUAGGGGAAAAUGUGUGACGAAUGAGCAAGAUUGAAAGGACAUUCUACAGGUGAGGUAUGGGCAUAAUAUAGUUGAAUUUAGAUACUCUCUUUUGAGUAGCAGAAGAGAGAUACACACACAAGUUUCUGUUGCUGGGGAGAGGGCGUUCCUCCUGUGGGUUUUUAUGCCUGUGUUAACAAGAAAAUAAACAGAUACACACCAAAAUGCUAAAGAAAUGUUUUCGUGAGAUCUGUUGCAACUUUAGGUGAAAAGUUCAUUAGUUCACUGGGGGUCUGGUAUGCAUCAAUUUUUAUGCUUCAGCAUCAAGACUUUGAAGUAUACUAUAAAUUAUUCCAAUGACUUGCCAUUUAUUUACAGUACAGUGAUGAUGAAGAAGAAAUGCACUCAGUUACACAAGGAGAUAAGCUUCGUGCCCUGAAAAGUAAACGGCAGUCAAAAGGAAACUCAGUUCCACUAACGUAAGUUAAUUUCAUUUUGCAUCUGUAAAUGCAAAAGCCUCUUUCUUAAAGACUGACUUCUUCAGUAUGUUUUUAGGUACUCUAAAAGUUGCACACCAUUAAUUCAUUGCCACUAGCUGUCACCUUGAUGUCCAGAUCUUCUCAUUUGCUUAUCAUCAGUAAAUUCUCCUCUCUGCCGCAUCUCCUAACAUAUCAGGCUUAUUGGCUAAAUCACAAAACACUUACUAAACCGAACAUUACAUCAAUGCCUAAAAGCUUCUUUGUUUCAGUGUAUUUUUUAAAACAAAACAAGGCCCUUCCAGGAUUGGUUUUCCUACCCAUAACUUAGAAGUUUCUUGUUUUCUGCUUUUAGGAAAACUGCUGCUGGGGCAGGUCCCUGUGUUUGUGUGUGUGAGUGUGAAGGCUUUUGGCCAAAAGAGAUUCCUUUGCAUGUGCAUUGUGGUUAGAAAAAAAGCAUAUUGGGUAAAAAAUAUGCAAUACUUUAAAAAUAUAAUUUUAAUGUAGAAAAGCAGCACAUCUCUCUCUGUGUUUUGUUUGAAGUGUGUAUGUAUGUAUGUUUUGAUGCUGAUGUUGCUGUUAGAUCAGGCAGACCAAUAUUAGUGAAGCAGAUGUAGCCUAAUUGAUGCAUAGCUGUCAACUUUUCCCUUUUCUUGCGAGGAAUCCUAUUUGGAAUAAGGAAAUUUCUCUUUUAAAAACGGAAACAUUGACAGCUAUGAAUUGAUGGACCCUCCCACAGAGAGCAUUUAAUAUUGGUACGCUAUAUUAUGAACAAGGUUUUGUGUCUGUGUGUUUUUAAGGGCAGAGAUUGCACUCAGGUCCUGCUUUUUAGCUUCCCACAAGUACCUGGUUACCACUGUGAGGAUGCUAGACUAAAUGGACCCUGAUGCAGCAGGCUCUUAAAUUGUAUUCUUAAAUGGCAUUUGGACAAAUCUGUCAGUUAAUUUCCAGCUAAGACAGGGUUUGGGGUAUUUGAGGUGAAAAGUGAUUUUCAGAAUCCUUCCUAGAUUCACCCUGUAAAUCAAACAAAGGUUAAAAUAAUCUCCCUAAAAAUACAGCAUGGCCUUUGAACAGGGAAGGGAUUUCCCCCCACAGCAUCAAAGAACACGCAUAGAGCUUUUUUCCUUUUUUCAACUACAACUGGCUGAAAUAUACCACUCAUUUCUAAAAAAAAAAAAAAAAAAAAAGAGUUCCUGAUUUCCCCCUUUAAUUUCAUAUCCAUCUCUUCCUCCCCACCCUCACCCCUUUUUAGAUGUCUCCUAGCUAUGCUGGUGUCUGUCCUGAGUAGCAUUGUCAUCUGGUGGAUUGUGUGUGACUCCCUUCUUCCCAACCUCCUAUUCUGUCUAGAUGGGUUAAGAACCUAGGUCCAGCAGGACCUCCCUUGACAGAGUCAUAGUGUAAGUGUGUCCCUAUUACAUUCUUUACAGAAGUUCACCUUCUCGCCUCCUUCAUAAAUGCAUGCACCAAGCUUUUACAGCCUUCUUCUUUUUCCCUUCCCCCUUUUUUUUGCAAGGCAUCAUGGAACUUGGGCUACUUGCUUUUACAAGAAAAACUGAUUGUGAUUUGUGUGCUUUAGAAUUGCCCAUCGAAAACUGCCAGGCAUUUGCAGGAUGGUGUUCUUUGCUUGUCUGGUGUUCCCUUUUAUCAGCAUAUGAAAGGUCGUUUGGGGUUUCUUCAUCUCCUAGUUCUGGACUAGGUUUGAAUACCUACCUUCCCUCAGUAAUCUGUGCUGGAUUUUGAUUCUCAGAUUAUGGAUUUGAAAAGAUGCAGACAGUGCUUUGUCAGGGCAUUACAGGCCAGACACUGAAACUUGCAAUCCUAUGCGUGCUUCCCUGUGAACAAGGCUGCAUAGGAUUGUGCUGUAAGUGAAGGAAUGUAAAAGGGGGAAACUAUUUUUUGGAUUGCAGGUAUUCUGGAUUUUUUCGCAUAUGAAAAUCUUAAAUCCCACCUUUCUGUCUGAUUUAGGAUGGAAACGUAAAAUAGUUUAUGAAAAAGGAAAGUUUGUUGUGUCUUGGAUUGUACUGGGCCGAUUUAAGGAACAAGACCUUAUGCCCCCUAGUGAUACUUUGGAAUAUUUCACAUUUUCCUGUAUCUCUAACAAGAAGGUCUUGUGUUGAGCAGCUUGUGCUUCAUUGCAACUUUCAGUCCUUAACUCUGCUCACGCUUACUAGCUUAAUAGGUUAUAUGCUCUGGUGGAAUGCUGCUAUGAUGGAGAUGGAGGUGUACCAGUGAGAAGACACUUAGAUCUCCACUGGCAUAGACCUUCCACCAGUGAUGUUGGGUGGAGGAGGUAAGAAGGGGACUUAUCGGGGCUGGCUGUGGAUACACCAGAACCAUAGGCCCUUUGUUUCCCUCACAUGCUCACAGAAUCACUGAAACUGAAUGCCUGUCAUGGGGUGGCCAUAGUUAAUUCCCUCCUAUUGCAGCCCUUGGCAGGGGGAUGAAAUCUGUUGUCCCCCACCUCCUGCUCUGGUUACUGUGAAAUAGCCGAGCAGUGGAUCUGGUUCCCAUUGUACUAGCUGAUCACUCUUCCCCAAUUCUGGUGUAAAGGUAAGUUAGGAUUGAUCUGUUAAUUGUCCUCUCAAUGACUGGUUCAUACCCUUUGUGCAGGAAAAUGUUUUUUUAAUAGCUGACCUGAAUUUUUACUGUACUUUUAAAGUUUUCAGGAAUGCCUUUUUAUAUCUCUAAAGUGGCUAAGAAUGGAAUAAAUAGAAAUAAACUGAAAGCAUAUCAAUAAUAUAAGCACUAAUAUUUAUUUAUUUUAAAAAAAGUAAGAAUAAAGAAAUCCAUAGUCACCUAGCCAUUGUCCCUCCUGGAAAGUUUCACUGAACAGAACUAUUAUUGCAGCCCACUUAAUUGCUUACAGGAACAGAUGGGGGCAAAUUCUUCUACAGUAUCAGAGCUGAAUCUUGCUUCAUGCAGAUACGGGAUUUAUUUGUUUAAAUUUGUAUACCGCCCUUCAUCUGCUCACAACAUAAAAAUACCAAAUGAAAACACAAAAUGCAUAAUAAAAACAAGAACAAAAAAAGAGCAAACCAAUAACCCCCCCCAAAAAAAAACACAUUUAAAAGGACAUAGAAUUGUUAAUCAGCCAAAGGCUUGUUAGAAGAGAAGACCUGAUGCCCUUAGAUGUAUAAUAAAGGUGCCAGAUGAGCCUCCCUGGGGAGAGCAUUCCACAAACUGGGAGCCACUGCAGAAAAUGCCUGUUCUCAUGUUGCUACCCCCUGGACCUCUCGUGGACGAGACACACGAAGAAUGGCCUCAGAUGAUGAUUGCAGGGUCCAGGGUGGUUCAAAUAGGUGGUCCUUGAGGCAUUGUGGUCCUGAGUCACUUAAGGCUUUGUAGGUCAAAACCAGUACUUUGAAUCAGCAGCCAGUACUUUGAAACUAAUCGGCAGCCAGUGCUGUCCGGCCAGGAUUGUCGUAAUGUGCUCAAACCGUCCUGCCCCAGUGAGCAGCCUGGAUGCCAAAUUCUGCACCAGCUGAAGUUUCCGAACCAUCCUCAGAGGCAGCCCUACAUAUAUCACAUUGCAGUAAUCCAACCUAGAGAUUACCAGAACAUAGAAGUUAGGUCAUCCCUGUUCAGAUAGAGGUGCAGCUGGGUCAACAGCCAAAACUGAUGGAAGGCACUCCACACCACUGAGGCCACCUGAGCCUCCAGCGAAAGCAAAGGAUCCAGGAGUUACCCCCAAGCUAUCCACCCGCUCCUUCCGAGGGAGUGUAAUUCCAUCAAGAGCAGGCAUCCAGUCUAGGGAGCCGCCCACUGACCAUGCCUUGGUCUUACCUGGAUUGAGCUUCAGUCCAUGACCGAGGCAAGACAGUGGUCCUGUCCAUCCACUGCCUCACCUGCAGAUGUAAAGGAGAAAUUGUUGUGUGUCAUCAGCUCAUUGCUGACAACGUACUCUAAAACUCUGAAUAAUAACCUCACUCAGCGGUUUCAUGUAGAUGUUAAAUAGCAUAGAGGAUAAAAUUGAACCUUGAGGAACCCUACGUUGAAGGCUCCACAGGGCCAAAGACCACUCCCCAAGCAUCACCCUCUGGAAAUGAUUAUCCAAGAUGCUGUGUGAGCAUGCACCAGCUAGGAGGGGAGGGAAUACAGUUGGGUAAUGUAUGCUGAUGAAAUCUCUCCCCUUUCCAGUAAUAACUGAGUAGUGAAGUGGAGGAAUUUAAGGAGAAGUUUGUUCCUGUUUCACCGCCUAUGGAAAGCAUGAAAUCAAAACAAGGACAUUAGGAGAACAGGAUAGCAACAAAGCAGAAAUUAUCUUGUUUUUUUUAAAAGUGUUGGUUCACAUAACUUUUUGAAAACUAGAGAGUUCAUUUCAAAUUCUGAGCCCCAAUGAAGGGAUUCACAGUUGGUUUUUCUGUGUGUAUAAAAACCAAUUUCUUUGGUUAUAAACUCCAGUGGUCAAGCUUAGGCAAUGACUUCUCCUUUAUAAUAUUUAGAUAUUUCUUAGUAUCAGUUCAUAUGUUGGAUUGUGUGGUCACCCGUGCCUUGUCUGGAACAUUCAGGAGUAAUGCAGAGAUGUUUGUAUGGUAGGAUCCAUAAAGGCACUUUUGUUGCACUUGAAAGAAAGAAAGAACCCUUUGCUUCUCUGUUUUGGAAGUAAAAACUUGAGCCCAAAAUGGUUGGCUGUAUUAAUACUCUGAAUGAAAAGUUUUAGUGGAUUUAAAACAGAGCCGAUAUCUGAAUACUACCACACACUCAGUGAGGAAAGAUCAAAAACAGUUGUCCACAAAAUCCUGUCUUUUAGGCAUCUUAGGUAGGCGUUUUUAGGUAGAAAACUAUAUGCCAUAUUUAUCUUCGUACAUUAUGUACAUUUCAGUUUACUUUUAAGUAAUUUCUUUCUCCUACUCCUUUCAGGGUAAUUCUGCAGUCCAGUGUUCAGAAAAGUAAACAGCCUGAAACUAGCAAUUCUGACAGUUCAGGCCAUUCUAAAAGAACAACCAGGUCUACUGCAAGAAAAGGCAGUUUUAAAAGGUGAGAACUACUGUGCUGCCCUGCAGACACUGUCAAUUAAUGAAGGCUGAACUUUAAAUAAAAUUCAGGCUUCUGCUGCUUGAAUUAAAUGCUGCUUUCAGACAAACACUGAACCCUAGUUUUAGUGCAAGUAGCAGUGAGCUUUGAGUUCACAGAUUCCCCCUUCCCUCCUUCAGCACAGCCAUGAGGUCAGAAACAUCCUCUUUAAGUUUUGAACUAACCUGUUUCUUUUUGUAUCUGAAUUUGAGGGGUGGGAGGAACUACGUUUAGCUUUUGAGAGGCGGGGGUCCCCUUUUCAAAUAAGCCCACGUCAAAUUGUGGUUUGUGAUCCUGGCAUACUUAAAACUAUAGUCAGAGCUCUUGCCAGUUAGUUUAAAAGUAGAAGUGGAUGCUGAUGAUGUUCUCCUUACGGCAUGACUCGUAAGAGGAGAAAGGAAGGGGGAGCAUGUGAGACCAGGACUCCACGGCUGCUCACACACAUAAAGCUAAAAUGUGGUUUGGUGUUGCAUCCAGCCUGGGCCCAAAUAUCCUUUGCUAAUGUAUUGGAAAACUGUAUUUAAGACAGAACUACUUGAGUUAAAUGUGGAUGUUUUGAAUAACAUGUAUCAUGAAGGCACAUGAAGCCUCCAUCUUUGUGAAGCUAAGCAGGUCCAAGCUGGCCACUGCCUGGAUGGGUGACAACCUCAGAAGCCACGUAUGAAGGUUGAAUGUAAGCUGAAGUAAAUCAGUAAAAGGAUGCUUUUAUACCAUCAGCCUCCCCUUGUAAAACAAGUUUAAAAGACUUCUGUGUGGGUGAGAGAGUCUCUUAGUUAUAAGAAUAUGAAAAUUACAUAAAUGCCUCCUCUACUUAGGUGCAAAGGCCUUAAAGAACUGAGCAGGAGGCAUGGUGUUUAUAGAAAGCGAUUGGGGUGGGGGGAGACUUGGGCAUACAGGAUUGCAAGAUUUUGUUGCUUAAUUAGUGUAUUUAAGAUAUAUUUUGAAUGACUGAAAGAUACCCAGGUUUAAUCAGUCACCAAUUUGAAAAACAUACAGGUGCUAAUUUUUUGAAAAAAGAACUGUAGAUGGCAAGCACCAUUUUGGUAUUGUCCUGUGUGAGAAGGGAAGGGGAAUACGUUUCUUGUAAGAUGAUGGCUGCUGGUGCAUAAGUGCACAUCAUCAAAAACAAAACAAACACUCAAGUAGCUAUGCCGUUGUUAAUUUUAGAACUAUUGGAGGGGUUUUUUUUUAAUAUAACAAAGCACUUUAUAUUAAACUGGCCAUUAGUUUAACAGAAGGAAAUAGAAAUCGUAUUACAUCAGAAUUUGAAAAAAUGCAUGUUAUUUUUUGGGGGUGUAAAUUUGGUGGUUGUUGGUGCAUUUUGAAACGUAUUCUUGCAGUAGAGAUACUAGUCUAGGUUUCCAUGCUCCCCCUCCCCCUCCAACCACACAAACUAGUUCCAAGGCAGCAGGGUUGUCCUGUCUUGGCAAAGAUUUACGUUCCUCCUUGGAAGUAUUUGGUGAGAGUCCUUUUGCUGAGAAGCUUUAUCCCCUCUAUCCAGCAUUUCAUUCCCCUUCUCCAGCUGUUCUUUUCUUCUGUUUCCUACUAGCCCUUCACCUGAAUCCGCUUGCUGCAGCAUAUUGUUUUGUGCUAUCAAGGCACAUGGCCUUACUCUUGUGUAGUGAAUGAAACACCUUAUGACCGUAACAGCCACCCAUCCUUACAAUGUCAAUGAAAUUUUAUGUGGACAAUACUUACUUUUCUAAACUGCUUCAGCAGAAAUAAUUCCUGCUUUUACUUUUAAUAUUUGCUUGUUUCAAAAUUAUUCGUAUUUCCACUACUUUCACAGUCCACUAACUAUUUAUUCAGCUUGUUGAAGCAGAAUGAACAAUGAACCAGUUUCUCAAAACCUGCUGAUUUCGCUGGCUCCUUUCUGCAUAGUCUUGCUAUUAUCUUUGUUAUGCCUUUAUCUGAACUUCUUCGUCUUCAAAUAUCCCUAACGUUCUAUUUUCAUUGCACUCUAAUAGAUCUCUGCCUUCAAUCUCCACACUUUUUACUUGACCAGAUUCAGAUAUUACAUCUUGCCUUAUUAAGACAAGAUAUGCACAAACCAUAUACACAAACUGCCACCCCUUCCCUUCUCUUUUCUCUCUGAGGACCCUUUGAAGAAAAUAGGGAGGCUGCAGGGGGAGAAGAGAAAGUGAAGUCUCUUACUUGAGCAGAUUUCUGCUGUGCAACAAGGAUUCUGCCCUAUAGGUUUGGUUAACCAAGAAAGUCUUCAAUCUUGAUGUGCCAAGGAGAGAAAAAGUGGUGCAAGAACAGAACAUGCAGGCACAAAGCUCAAGCCUAGUUGCAUCUGAACAGGCCCUUUCCUUAGAAGAUAUCUUGGGUCAGUAGAUUAAGGGUCCACAGGCUAAAUCUUAGCAUGAAUUGGAUAUUUUAGGCAUUGGAUAAUUGUGAUUUAAAUAGUACACAGUAGGGCCAGGCAAUAUCUGGUUUUCACCAUCAUGAUAUAUCACCGGCUAAACAUUGCGAUAUACUGAUAAAUCACAACAUCUGAAAUAAGGAUGGAGCUAUGUAGAGGCAUUGGCCAGCUUCAUGUUUUCUCCCGCAUUGUAAUUUUUGCUGGCCCUUGCUCUUGUGAUUUGCUGCCUCCUGCAGGAAGUUGAGCAGGCAGAGUUAACGGGCUGCAGGAAUCGAGAGCAUUGGCUGGCUUCAUGGUUUUUCCCACAUUAUGAUUUUUGCUUAGCGCACACCCAAACACACACACACAUCGUGAUUUGCGAUAUAUUCCCAGGUCAAAAAUUAUGAAACCGCUAGCAAGAUAUGGACUUCAAACCAGUUUUGGAUAAUAUAUCAAUAUACAGUUUCCUGUAGUUUUGUGGUAGCCAUAUUUCUUUCGACUUUAGUGGAACCGAGGUUAGAGAGGAAUUGUAUGCUGGUGUUUGAGUAGCAGAAAUUAGUCAUUUACAUCAGGAGUGAGGAGCCUCAGGCCUAGGCAUAAAUGUGGCUCUCUGGACCUCUUUCUUUGGCCCUCAGGACAUGCCCCCCUCCAGCUGCCCUCCUCCAACAGGUCACCCUCUUCCUAAGUGCUUUACCAAGAAUGUGUGCUCAAACUGUGAUAAUGCCUCUUGUUUGGCUCAAAUUUGAAUGGACAGGUGUAUGUGUAGAAACCUGAUCUUUUGCGCAGCUGGACUGUAAUCUGUUGCACAGUGGUAAGACUCGCAUGAAUAUUACCCCUGGCUGCCUGUGAGGGUGUAACCUUCGGACCUAAAAUGAUUCCCCACCUCAAUUAUCUACAUCACCUUUAAUAGUGAUGGACGCUCCCCUUGUUCAGCCUUUUGCACAAUUGUUUCACUCAAAUAAUAUCAAACAUUUAAUAGAGAAUGGAAAUCCAGGAACCAGCCAAGGCACCAAGGCACACUUGUGAUGUGGCUCAUCCUAUCUUGUGAAAUUUUAGAAAUGAUAUGUUAAGUGAGAAGAUAACAAAAACGUUACAAUAUUACAAUUGUAAUAUUUUAAAAAACCUUAAUAAAUAUCUUAUAUAAAAAAAAGAGAAGAUAACAAAAACGAAUCUGUUAUGCUUCACUGCAUUAAAAAGAAUAAAAUCAGUUUGGAAGAUUAUGGGUUGCAAAAUCAUGCCCUCUGUCUUCCGUUUCCAGGUUUCCCCCAACAAUAGUUUGCCAAGCUGUCCAAAUUCCUGAAUAGAAGGACUAUUUUCUCUUUGCAGAGGGGAUAUCAGUGGGUGUUCUCUGAGUAGAACUGGCAUUGGCUACAGCCCAUACUCUGGAAUUCUAAACUAGGGUAUACAACUUAGUGGUGAUCACACCUACCUUCAGUAAAGGGUGAAGACCAGUAAUUCUAUAACUUGUUUUCUCAAGUCCUAUGUACAGUGGGGGAUUUGGCACACUGUAUUCCCCACACAGAAGUAAGUAAGGCACACAGAAGUGAAUUCUGGAGUUGUGGGAACUGACUCCUAUAAUUCUGGAAAAAUCAGAACAAACCCUAGAAACAUACAGGUGACCCAAAUGGGGCAUGGAUGGAGUUGUUUUCAAAAGCAACUUGCAAUGUUGGCCACACAGCAGUUUUAUGUAUCCCUUGGUCCAGUGCUGUGGUGCAUAAACAGAAAAGCAAAUGCCCCUGGGGGGGGGGGGGAAUAAGUGUGUUUCCUUUGGAAGCCUUGCCUCCUUCCAUACCCCAGUCUCAUAAUCUGCAUUGUGCCACAGUCCUUGGUCUGGUCAGUAGAUUGAACUUCUAAGGACACUGAUCUGUUGUACAUACGCAAGACAGAUUGUGUGACAGAUCUUGCAAGGUAGGCUUAGGCCACAUUUAUCAGCCUUAGCAGGUGCUCUGUGUAAGGUCCUUCGAUGCCCUACAGAGAAAGCCCUAUACUACCACCAGGCAUUUUGUGGGUCAUGACAGCAUAGAAAUUCUAUUGCAGGGGAAACAACCGUUGUUAGAAAAGCACUUUACAUAUAUGUAGAACUGCUUCUGUAUUGGGGUUGUUCACAAGCGCUUAUACGGAGCGGGUGCAUCUGAUUGCCUCAGCCAGUUCAGAAAAAAAAAGCCCGGAUCUUAAGCUCCUACGCAGUUUUCAAGAGUGCUUAAGUAACUCCUUCCCCUCUUUCUCUUGAAAAUGGCUGGAAACCUUUGCUACAAAUGAAAGAGUCGUCCCAUGUUGCUACAGAUAGCAGUUUAGGGAGCAAGAUAUUGUGUUGACACGAUGAGUGGAGAGAGAAUGGAUUUUAAAAGGCACUUGAAGAAUAGGAUCAAAUACGCCGUAAGUCCUACACUAUUCAUUAAAUAGUAAGAAAUACUUUUAUUUCAGGGAUAGUUUAACCAUUUAACCAUGAAAAACGGGCGGGGGGGCAGGGGGUGGGACACACACACACUUUGUUUUAAAAGAUCUCCAUCUACUUUUAAUAUCAUUAGCUGCAUUUGGUCUUCCUUGUUUAAACUGAGAGCUGAAUUACACGACCGUACUUCAUGCAUUAAACUCUGGCUGGUCUUGAAAGAACUGUUUUCCCUUUACCUUUUCUUUCUCUACUUUUCCUACAGUCUGGUGCCUCAGAGGGAAAGGAGGAAAAGGGAUGCUUUACAACAAAUGCGCUUAUGGUACUUUGUUCCCACUGCUAUCCCUUUAUAGACCUGAACUCUCCCUGCCCCCCUUCCCUGCUUCACUGUUUGUAAUCUGAGUUGCUUGGCCUGUGCUUUCGUUUCCUACAGAUGUUGCAUCGCUUUCAAAAAUGCCGUCUGUGAGUGGUCCUUUCCCUCCCCGAGCCCCUUUUUUGUUUGCUUUCUUAGUUUUAUAUUGGCUAGCGAUGCUUGCUGGUUUGUGUUUUGCCAUGUGUAUCUGACCUCUUGCACACCUCAUUUUUAUCAUUUCAGCAGUGCUCCCAACCCAAGAACUAGAACUGUGUUGCGUUAAAAGCAAUCAGAGUGGAAGAGGAUUCAAGGGAAACAACAGGACAUUGCUGCAAUUAAAACAAUUGGAAGAAACUGUUUUGUAUAUAUAUAAAAAGCAGUGGUCUAUUUUUUAUAUUUAGUUGGAAGACGUUUUAGUUUUGUGAAGAGAACUUUUUGUGUGAGGACCCUAAAUUACUGUAAACUGUACCGUUUUUACUUUUAAUGCUAGGAAAUUAUUCCCAAAUAUAAAAAGCAGCGUGUAAAUUUUAGCCUUCGGUCUGAAUAACUCUUGUUAUCAAAAGAGCUUUCUUUUCCGUACAGCGCUCAUGUAUAAAAUGUGAUGGCAAUCAUCUAGCUUCUGUCAACCACCAAGACGACUGUGGCAUUUUAGCUAUUUGGAAUGACAUAUGUAAGUUAUCAAUGUAAUUUCUCUCCCUAGGCGGAGAGAAGUGAUACUUCAUCCCCCCCCCCAUAAACAGCUCCAUAAAAGUUUGACUAUCCUAAUUUUAGUAGGAUUUUUAUAAAGCGGUAACAGACUACUAAACUAGCGUCCAUCAAAUUGUGAUUUAUUUUCAUGUUUUUGUUUUCUGGGGUUUCUACUUUUUUCUCUUCCAAGUUACACCACUGUCUGUUGUGUUACUUACUGCUUCUAAUUUAAAUGUAAAGAUUGUAUGUGCCGUAUUUUAGGGCCGCUUUGGAAAGUUGUUCUCCUGUGCGGGUAGAGAAAAACUAUCCUAACACUACUGGUUUGGGCCAAAAUGCAGGAGGCAAGGUGAGCUUCCUAGUAACUUUUCUUUCUUUGCAGAUAUUUACACACACCAUCUCAUGUCUAUAAAAGCAAUGCUAGGAAAGUCUCUCUCCAAGCCUACAGCAGGCAUGGCCAAACUUGGUACUCCAGCUGUUUUGGGACUACAAUUCCCAUCAUCCCUGACCACUGGUCCUGCUGGCUAGGGACGAUGGGAGUUGUAGUCCCAAAACAGCUGGAGAGCCAAGUUUGGCCAUGCCUGGCCUACCUAGGGGUUCAGACAGGAGUCUAUACGCCAGCCCUACCUGGGGAAGCCAGAGAUUGAACUGGACCUUCUGAAUAGAAAUGCAUGGGCUCUAGCACGGAGCUCUGACUGGAGUUGCAAUAGCCUCUUUGUCCCCUUGUCUGACACACUGCAUCUUUAAAUUACUUUUUUUAAUGGAGAAGCAGUAGUAGCAGCCCUGGAGGCAAGUGUACCUGGAGCAUCCUAAGCUAAUUUUCAUUUGUGGCUUUAAAAAGUUGGAAGAACGGGGCCAAAGCACCAUGAUGCUGCUUUCUGUCCUUUGUUAUUGGACAUAGCACUUUGACAGCUGCAUUGGCCACCUUGUUAGAUCUUAAAGGGACAGGAGGCGCGGUACAAUCCUGCUCCAGGAAUGCUGCCUUUCUUCCACUCUGCUCUUUCCUGCCUAGGGAAAAAUUGCUGUGGGAGCCAGAAAUUGGCACAAGAACACCUAUCUACUUAAGGGCAGUUGCUACUACUUUUUAAGUAGGGCGUUGGCUUUGUGCCUUAGGAUUUGGCUGGGGGGGGUGUAUCUGCCCCUGUGGGGUUAGCAAAAAGAAAUCUGCUAAGAGACUGCUAGCCACUUGACAUUGAGCAAGCUGCUAACCAUCAUAGUUUCCAUGAAGAAGUUGCUGCUAACAGUUGCCAAGAAAUGCAGCUAUAGUUUCAUGAAUGUUAUGAUUGAAUUCUCACUGCCACAAUGGACACAUUCGGUAAAAUUGGUUCCCUUAUUCAUGGCCUGUAACUUCCAGCAUUCUACUUUAAAUCACUGUGCUGCUUCAUGUUACUACAGAAUUUCUCCAUGGUGUAGCGGUUUUCAUUUAAGAAUCUGCAGACUUCAUGCGUGGAGAUUAUUUGAAAGAAUGUGAUGUUUCUACAUCAUGCUGGACUGAUAGAGCCAAUAUUUGGUUUCACAGCCUGUGUACAUGGUACCAAAUACUAGAAUUACAAAAAGGUGAGCCUCCCCUUACCAGUCCCCACCCCUUACUCUGCAAAGGUGAUUUAUGAGUAAGGACUUUGUAAUGUCUCUGUCGCCCUCCAAUGCUUGGGUUACAACUCUCAUCAUCCCCAGCUACUUGGUCAUGGGACCAAGCCACCUUCUGCCCAAUGGAUCUACAGCAAGUAACUGGGAAGCUUCUCAAGGUCUAGUCGCCUGCUGCUACUCAUUUCAUAUUGGGCAUUUAUCUUGUCCAGUAUAGCUAGGUGAGUAAGAGGAUCCAAAUAGAUACAGUCUGCUAAAAGUAAUGAGAAAAUGUUAAUCUUGAGCAUGGGUAGGCAACCUAAGGCCCAGGGGCCGGAUGCAGCCCAAUCGCCUUCUCAAUCUGGUCUGCGGACGGUCUGGGAAUCUCUGUGUUUUUACAUGAGUAGAAUGUAUCCUUUUAUUUAAAAUGCAUCUCUGGGUAAUUUGUGGGGCCUGCCUGGUAUUUUUACAUGAGUAGAAUGUGUGUUUUUAUUUAAAAUGCAUCUCUGGGUUAUUUGUGGGGCAGAGGAAUUUGUUCAUUUCCCCUCCAAAAUAUAGUCCGGCCCCCCACAAGGUCUGAGGGACAGUGGACCGGCCCCCUGCUGAAAAAGUUUGCCAACCCCUGAUCGUGUCAAAUGGACUGAUACUCAAGAUCAGUAUAUACAUACAUAGGGGCCUGAAUUUUAGGAUGUGAGAAGGUAGUUUAUUUGGAACCAUAACUUACUUUAUAUAAAAAAAAAACUAAGCCCAGUUCCUUCAUGGGAAUAUAAUUUGCUUUUAGAACAGCAACUCUGGCCUUUCCUUACAAUGGGCGUUGCUACCAGAGAGUUAUGGUAAGUACAUGGACUAGAAGAGCCUUGGGGUCCCUUCCAACUCUGUCAUUCCAUGUUAAUUACCUUUGAGUUCCAAAAUGUAAGCCUAUUGAAUCCCAUUAGGCAGGGGAUAAAGAUUAGCCGAGAUCUCAGCCUACUAGAUAUAUAGCCUUGGCUUGUCAAUUCUCUGAGUUGCUGGGGGGAAAGAAACGAUUGUCUACUAAUCAGUUUUGGGCAAAUUCAGAUCUUACAGGACUGCAAAAGGCGUAGGGAUGAUAUUCAUCUUCAAAAGAGAUCAUCAAUCCCUCCCCCCCCCAUUUUACUUAGUGGGGUUUUUCCUUCAGUGACAUAAAUAUUCCCUUGAAGUUUGGGACUGCAAUUCCUCUCUACAACAUAACCGCAGAAGAGUUCCUCCUGUUGUCUUUGAAAAUAUUGCACUAAUUUACGGGAUAGCCAAUGUAGAAAAUACAAAUACUACUAAAAACAGACAAGCAACAAUAUUUCAGUUAUCCGAGGCCUGAACAUAAGGGCUAUUUGGUAGCUUCUUGCAGUGUAGGGUAGACAGAGUCCAUGUCAGCUUUUUGCUUUAACUUGAGAGGAAAUGCUUAAGAUGUCCCAUGGGAGAAGAUAGACUGAUCCUGGGAGGUUGACACCCAAGACAGAAUUGCUUGAGCCUUCACUUAACUAAAUUAGCAGCAAGGCCUUGAUAGAAGGAAAGAUUACUUAACAGUCCACAACUGUUGUUAGUCCACAAAGCUUACUGUUUUACUAGCUGGCUUCUCUCCAAAUUUUGUUCAGCCACACUUCCACUCCCCACACUCAAAACCUUAAAUGUUGGCCUAUAAAGAUUAGAAGACCUUUAAAUUGCAUGGAGGGACGCGGGUGGCGCUGUGGGUAAAACCUCAGCGCCUAGGACUUGCCGAUCGCAUGGUCGGCAGUUCGAAUCCCCGCGGCGGGGUGCGCUCCUGUCUUUCGGUCCCAGCGCCUGCCAACCUAGCAGUUCGAAAGCACCUCCGGGUGCAAGUAGAUAAAUAGGGACCGCUUACCAGUGGGAAGGUAAACGGCGUUCCGUGUGCUGCGCUGGCUCGCCAGAUGCAGCUUGUCACACUGGCCACGUGACCCGGAAGUGUCUGCGGACAGCGCUGGCUCCCGGCCUAUAGAGUGAGAUGAGCGCACAACCCUAGAGUCUGGCAAGACUGGCCCAUACGGGCAGGGGUACCUUUACCUUUAAGUUGCAUGGAGAAGCUCAAUCAUUAACAGCCGAAUCCUAGGCAUGUUUGCUUUAGAAGCCCCACUGUUUUCAGCGGUGUUUACUGCCAUGUGUGUACAGAAUUGCAUUUGCUAUUAGCCACCAAACUUUGGAGAGAUGACUUCUCUUAAGCCCUGAACAUUUUACUAUACACACUUCUCACACACACAAUUCUCCUGUUCCUUAAUAACGCAAAUAUAAAUAAUGGGAGCGCCAUUGCAACAACAGCCACUUGAAAACCACUGCUCUUACUUCAUGUAAAGUUUGGUAGUUUUUGUGGAACUCUAGUUCCAGGUCUUAGACAUCUCAAACCAUCUUUGAGGGACACAGUCUGGUAAGUCAGCUGGAAAAAUAUAUUCUUGUGUUUCUCAGUCCUUUUUCAUGCCUAAAGUGGGGUUUGUUGCAUUUUCCAGGCUUGUAAACUAAAGAGGGUUCACAAUUCUUCUGCAUCAUUUGAUUUAGUUUGGGCUUUUAUAGAGCUAUUUAAAUGAAUGCCAUUUCAGCUACUGGUUUUGCCUUCUAGGUACACACAAACCCCACCCCCUGAAAUUAUUCCAAGUCAGUACUGGUUUAUCACAACUGCAGCACAGUUUUCAAACUUGCCAACUUAGGGCAAGGUCAUUCUCAAACAUCCACCUGCUAUGACAACAGCUGUGCUGUUUCAGAACUGGACAAAAACAUAGCCUUCCCCCACCCCACCCAGAGUUGCCACUUGUAUUUCCAAUAUAUGUUGCCCUACAGUUUUUAUAUGUAUUGCCUUGGAAACUCUUGUACAGAUCAUUUGUUCCAAAUAUGUGGUGUAAUCAAUACUGCUCAUCUUUUUUUAAAGCAAAAAAUAUUUUUUAAAGAAAUCAAGAAAGGAAGUUUAUUUUGCUAAAGGUAUUUUAAGGGUAAAUUAAUACUAUCUUGGAAAUUUGAUCUGAUAGUGUGUGUUUCUUAUUAAACCAGUGUAAUUUGAUUAUAUAAAUACUGACAUAUAAGAGAACUGUAUACAAAUAAAAUAUAUUGCUUAU